UCCUUCCACGUGCGUCUUUUUGCUGCGCUGCCUCCAGCAUGGCCGGGGAUGGCAGCGGUAGCGGCAGCCCCGGCGAUGAAGCUCUCGCCGCGGCCCCCAUCUCCCACCCGGGCCGGCUCCUGGGCCAGAACCGGCAGUUUUUGGAUUUCUUCUGGGACAUCGCCAAGCCCCAGCAGGAGACGCGCUUGAAGGCGACGGAGGAUCUGCUGCGCUACUUGCGAGAGAACCAGAAAGUAAGAGAGACGGUGGAAAGUUAAUAUAAGCUUUUUGCAAACGCCGAGCUUCUCCCUCUGGGUUAAAAGGGCGGCUGGUAAUGAUAAUGAUAAUAAAAUAUAUGCCAGCCAUCUAACUGGGUUUCCGCAGCCACUCAGGGCGGCUUCCAAGGAAUUAAAACAUCAAACACAGUAUAACAUCAAACAUUAAAAAUACAAAACAUUAAAAAUAUUAAAGCCGCGUCUCUCCCCCUCUCACUUACCCCCCAAAGUAUGUGUUUGGAAGUAUUGAUAUUAUAUACAGUAUUGUUUAAGUUCCAGCCAUAGGAGUCCCUUUGAAAUGGAUUUUGUCCCGCUGAUUUCAGUAGGUCUUCUCUGACUAUGGCUCAGUACAGCCGAUUGUUUUUAAAUUUUAUUUUAAUAGCAAAAAGGAUAUCUAAAGUUUUAUAGCACCUGGACAAAUAAAGACAGGUUUGCAGUGUUAACAGACAAGAUACAAAAGGAAAAGGACUAGGGAGGGAGGAGGAAAUGGAUGGGACCAGGUUGGUCUCUCUCUCUUCCCAUGGUGAGACACGGGGUGCAGCUGCCCAGUGGGUCCUCUGGCCGAAAGCAGUCCCAAUAUGAUGCCAUCACAUUAACUUUUCUGUAGCAUUCUCACAUUCUGCAUUUGGUGAAAUUCACCUUUGGGUGUUUGUGGGCAGAAGUUUUCAGGGAAGUGCAGUCACCAAAGUCGGCCCUGCAAGUUUCUUUCCCUGAAAAACCGGCUGCUUUGCAGGGGGUUGGAUCCUUGGGGCGCCAUCCAACACUACGGUUCUUUGAUUCUAUGUACAAAGCCCCACAAAACCUAUUGGUAGCAGCUUUGCACACCUAUUUCAUUAGGGAAAGUGCCUUAUACAUUUUAUAAUAAAUAAUUUGCUGCAUGCAAACUGGAAAAAAACACCGUACUGUGUUUUCAGUUGAUUUUAUCAUGUUAUGUCUGUGGGAAACAUAUAGUUAGCAAGCCUAUACACACAGAGAGACAUUUGAUGCUGGGAUUGCACUUUAAACAUGCUCAGAGGUGCCCCCCCCCUGUUUUUUCCAGGUAUUUGAACAAGGGAGCUAUGGAUUUGAAAAAAUCAGGCCCUGGAACUGAAUGGAUGAUACUGGGGGUGGCAAAGGCCAUGUUUCGGAAGAAGGCUGAUGGGGUUGGCCUACUUCGGAAGGUUGUUGUUAGGAUUAUGAAUGUGGCUGUGGAAUUUAAGAGGUUUUAGGUAAACUGAUUCUUUUUAAAAAAAACAACUUUGAUCACUGUAAAAGCCGCUCUGAAUUAAGCAGAAUAAUAUUUUUUUCACAGAAGCUAUUUUAAAGGAAAAUAAACAUUACUGUAUUUUGGUUUGUGGGGUAGUCAAAAAUCCCACCAUCACCACUGCCUGAACUUCUGAAUAUUUUAUUUUAGGACGAUGAGCAAUUGAAAUACAGCUUGAAGCGCCUGAUUGAUGGAUUGGGAGCAACACGCGAAGCAGCCCGUCCAGGAUUCAGUUUGGCUUUGGCUCAGGUUGGUGUUCCCCAGUGGAGUGCAUUUUGGUUUUCUUGCUUUUAAGUUUUUUUUUUUUUUUAAAAGCAAACUUUAAAAUAAUUCAUUCCAUAAUUCUUCCGUAGAAGUUUUUUUUAAAACAACAACAACUGUAGAUUCGAAAGUAACAUGCAGCCCUCCUGAUGUUGUUGGACUACAACUCCCAUCAGCCACAGCCAAAGGUUAGGAGUGAUGGGGCUUGUAGUCCCAGCAGCAUCCUGUUGCCUCUUCUCUCCGAUUCACACAGGUGUUCCCUUCUUUUUCUCUCUCCCCAGGUAUUGCAGGUUUUUGAGGAGAUCUCCCUCCUCGCAGUCCUGGACCAGAUCAAAGAAAAAUACGACCUCGGCAGAGUGAAGAAGGUAAGGAGAUGGAGUGGGCUUUGAGUUUACAGUUCGUGGUUGCCGUGAACAGCAGGAUUUUGUUAAGAGGAGCUCUGCAGGUCCGCCGUGUUAAUCUGGUGAUCCAAUCAGCGUCAGUCCACACGGGCCAAAUCCUGGCCAUUUGGGGGUUUGAUUUUGUUCUGCAGGAUUUGGCAGGGUGACUGAUGUCGAUUGGGUCGCUGGCAUAGCAACAUGCUCCAAACGGGCAUUGAGAGAGAGAAUGUGCCACAGCCAAGUUUUACCCAGAGUGAGUUAUGCUUGUGACCGUAAGGAAGUUUGUGGGUUGCUGGUGCCCAUUGGGAAUGCCUGUUUAAAGUGGUGCAUUGAAAGAAUGGUGCAAAGAGCCAGUUUGGCGUAAUGUGUAGAGUGUUGGACUACAGCCUGGGAGACCAGGGUUCGAAUCCCCACUCAGCCAUGAAGCUCACUGGGCGACCCUGGGCCAGUUGCCAUCUCUUAGCCUGACCUACCUCACAGGGUUGUUGUGAGGGUGAAAUGGGGAGGAGGAGAACCACGUACACCACUUUGAGAUAUUUGGAAGAUAAAGGUGGUAUGGAAAUAUAUCAAAUAAAUAAAUAAUUUGUCAGCAUCAAAUAUGGGUAAUGAAACAGGCCUUUUUUUUUUAAAGCUUAACUGCAGUUGACCUAAACCGUGAUCCUCUGUGCCAGCAAAAUGGGACAACGUGUUUAAUAUAGAAGCAGAAGCAAAAGCUUCUGAGAUCUUCCUGGUCACGCUAGAGGACAAAAGGGGAUGUCACAGCAAACUAUGGUUUGUCGUAAUGCGUGAUCAUGGCUGUCUGGCUGGAGAAAGGGGAGGGGAGCCGUGUGGGGAAAUUGUCUCAUUGUCUGAGGCAGCUAGGAACGUAUCACGACCCAUAGUUUGAGAAGCACCGGGUAAAAGCUGGUUAUUUAUUCAGGCCAUUUGAACCUUGCUCUUUUGUAAAAAAAAUGCUUCCAGGUUAGCUUUCAUGCAGUCAGAUAACAAAGCAGGCUUGCAAUCUGAAACAACAUGACACAAGGGAAGAUGGCAGGGAGGGAAGAGGAAAAAAGCAAACUCAGUUACCAUCCGGCAUGAAAACAGUUAAGCAGUAGAAGGUUUUUCAGCAGAGCUGGGGGAAUGGACUUCUCCCCACAUUUCCCAAGAUACUUCCCAUGUUCCCCAAAACAGUAUUUGGGGUCAUUUUUUUGGGGGGGGGGGGCUAUUUUGUCAGCGGUGGGAAGGUUUUUUUUGAGGUUGAGGGCUGCAUUUCCAUAUUGAAGUGUUUUUGGGGGUGGAUGGGGACCCAUUCAAGUGGUGAGUGUUGCUAGAUACUUCUUGUUUGCAAGUUUGCUCGCUCCAAAGAGUCGCUCGCGAGAUUCCACAGCCUUGCCUAGAUUGUCUUUCUGUGUUGGUUCCCCGUUUUGUUUCAGAAACUCUUCCGAAAUGCUCUGUUUGGGAACUUUUUCGGCGUUCUGGCUCUGUUCCAGUCUGGGCGUCUUCCAAAGGUAACACUAAAUGCAAAUGUUUCAGGCCUGCAUGCCCCUGGUGCAAACCCUGUGACGUGAUGUUGAUGAUAAUAAUAAUAAUAAUAAUAAUAAUAAUAUGAUGCUGAAUUCUCUGAUGUGCAUAAAUUAUGCCAAUAGAGUCAGCUCUGCUGAGUCGUCUGCUGAAUGAGAGGCCCUGGACAUCACUUCCACCAGUUACUGGAAAUCCCAAAUCACACCCCCCCACACACCUUUUCCACCUUUUGCUCACAUAUGAUUUCAAGCCUUGCUUGGAAUUCAUAUGGACUAGAAACUUGAGAGAGCUCCUGUGCCUCAUAAUGGAACACAUGAUGCUCCAGUGUUCUUUGGCGCAUCUGAAACAUCUGCUCUGCCUGGCAGCUGGUGGUAGAGUGAGGAGUGUUUUUCCUCCAUCGGCUGUUAGAUCCUUUAAAAACUGGGUGGGCAAUUUUUUCCUGUUAAGUUUUUCCCUCUGGGGUAACCUCUCAGGGAGGACUAAGUAUUCCUUGCUGAAACCCUCAAAAGCUUCUGGAAGUCACUGCCAACAGUGUUGAGGUAGAUGGAUCAUUUCCUCAAAUACAUGCUUUCCCUCUUGCAUUCUCUGGGUCCACUCCAGCCUUGUAGACUCACCCACUUUUAUCUAAAUUCCUUAGGAUUCAAAAGCUCUCCUUGGCUGCGUCCAGCUUCUCCAGAGCCUUUCGGAUCACCACGCCCACCUCAAAGACCUUCCUAGGAAGACAUUGGCCGACAUCGUUUCCGAGGUAGGGAGAUGUGGGGUGUUGUUGCAAAAAAAAAAGGGAGCCUCUUAAAUAUAUAGUUGCUUAGCUUCUUCUGCAAGACCGGCUUGCAGGCACCAACCCGUCCCCGUUAGACCGCUGAUGCUAAUUACAACGCCUCGCCAGGGCACAGGGAAAUAUUCCAGAGCUACAGUUCUCUUUGAGUGGUUCAACAGUCAAUCCCUCUUCACAGGGAAUUCUGGGAGGCGAAAGCGGUUCUCCUAGCAACUCUUAGCACUGCAGUUCCCAGAAUGCUUUGCAGGGGAGCCAUGUUUAAAAUGUGCUUUAAAUGUUUGGUGUGACUGUGGCCUCAGUUGGAUGCCACCCGUAAUUGUCACGUAGGCCAAGUUGUCUGGCGCCUGAGUGAGUUCCACGGAAGUGAAUGCUGAUGUAUUGCCAAGCAAACAAAUAUGAUGAGAAACGGAUGUCCAAAGAUGGUGCUGGGAAGGAUGGAUGGACUUGGCUGUGGGUGGAGUUAUAAAAUGGAGGACAAGGCAGGUGCAGAAAGAGAUGGGCUUGUCCUGGGUGCAGAGGGGGUUGAGUAGCCACUGAAGGGGCCUAGGGAGUUGGAUGGUCCAAGCGAUGGAGGAGGUGAAUACCUUUUUUUUUUUUAAAAAAAUAAUUAUUAGAUUUUCCACAAUUAUAACAAAAACCACAGAGCAGAAUGACGCACAAAAAAAGAAAAAAAAAUACAUCAAUGAACGAAAGAAGAAAAAAGGAACAAUAAACAAUAACAACAAACUUAAUUCUUUACAAAUCCAACCUUUUAAACAUCUUGGUUGACUUCCUCUAGUCCCUCCCUUCUGAGUUUCCUUGCAGUUAAAAGUAACAGCUUUCCAAUAUCAUUAUUAAACUAAAACAAUUUCCAAUUAUAGUCCAUCUUAGAGGAGGUGAAUACCUUUGGCACAGGAGUCUUGCCUAGAGGUGGGAGGUUUGAGAUGUAAAAAAGGGGAAUCUAUCAUGGACAUCCCAACGCAGCGAGUUGUUCGCUUUUGUUUUUGCCGGGGGCUCAGAUUCCGGAGGCUGUGUUUGAAGAGGUCCUUUUCAGCUUCUUGGAAGAUGACCUCACCUCGGCCUUCAGCAGUCCAGGGCAGCUUUACCUCCUGCUGGUGGGCAUCCAGAAGUUCCCCAGGGUUCUCCGGCCAGAAAAACUGAAGGCCCUCUUAGGCACGACUGCUGUCAUCACGGCAGAAAACAUUCCCAGGUAUGUUGACCAGGAAUGAAUGCAGGACGCUUGCAUCGCUUUACAGUUCUUUUGAAAUUGAAAUACUGAAGUUGAAAUUGAAAUACUUUAUUGUCACUUGUACAACUAGUAUACAGUGAGAUUACACAAGCACCCGCACUCAGCUCUCUUAGUCUUAAUUCCCCUCGUUUACUGACGCACACCCACCAAACCCCAAAGUCAGUUGCCCUGUUGUUAUCUUUUCAUUCAGCAGCCCACAGAUAGAAGCUGUUCUUUACCCUGUUGGUGCAAUUCAUCAUGCUUCUAUAUCUUCUGCCUGAGGGUAGGAGAUCAAGAAAGUGCCGGCCAGGGUGUGAAUCAUCCCUGAGAAUUUUCCUUACUCUUCUGAGGCAACGUUCAUCUGCUAUUUCAUCCAGCGGAUUCACGGGACAGCCCAGAAUAUCUUACAGUGAAGGAAGGAAAAGGAGGAUUCUGGGAUCUAAGAUUCUUCGGGGUGUUGUUCAGUGGUAUAUCCCCCGCUCUCUGCAUGCAGAAGGUCCCCAGUCCAGUCUUCAGCAUCUCCCACGAGGGCAGGGAAAGGCGCCCAGUCAACACCCUGGGGAGCUGCUGCCAGUCUGACUAGGCCGUACUGAGCUAUAUGGGCCAACAGCCUGCUCUAGCCUAAGGAAGCUUUGUAUGCCCCUAGGCUUUGCCUCCACACAACGGAAGGCAGUUUUUAAUUUUAUUUUAUUUUUAAAAAAUCGUUUUGCUCCUCCUUGCAGGCUGCUGGAGGUUUUGAAAAUGGCGGCCAAGUCUGAGAAAAAGGACAGAAGUCUUCCUACUGUCGGACUGGACUUGAUGAAAGUGGCUCUGAAGGAAGGCACCUUUGAGCUCUUCUGGAAAGAAGCCGUCGAGAACGGUCUGCUGAAGGACAACGUUGGACCUUGCAGGUUGGCUGGGGAAGUUUUGGCUUGUCUGUCACACGCAACAUUCACACCACAUGUUUUGAAGCACUAUGAUACCACUUUGCAACAGCUGUGGUUCCCCCCCCCAACUUCUGGGAUCUGUAGUUUGUUGAGGGUCCUGAGAGUGGUUAGAAGACUUCCUUUCCCCUCAGAGAGCUACGGUUUCUAGAAUGUUUUAGCAGUCAGUCCCUCUUCACAGAGAACUCUGGGACUUGUAGCUCAGUGAGGGAAAUAGGGGGUCCACAGCUCCCAUAAUUCUUUGGGGGAAGCCAUGACUGUCAAAAGUGGUAUUGUAGUGCUUUAAAUGUAUCAUGUGAACAUGGCCCCAGUCUCUCCUUGCAGUUCUUUCUCCCAUUUUUCUAAAUCCCAGUGGUUUUCAAACUGUGCUCUGGGAGGCUGUCAAAUUCUUCGCGAGUUUAGCAGGCCAUUCUCAAUUCAUGAAAUCAGUAAAGGCAGACCCCUUGAAAGCCAGAAAGCUGCUUUCACUCAUUAUUUCUUAUCCUGUGUGUCUUAUUCUUCCUCAGUUACAUGUGUUAUCGGUUGCUGGGCAGCUCUCUCCCGCUCCUGUCGACUAGCCAGCUAAGGAUGGUUCUCCGAGGGGAAGUCAUGCGUCAUUACGGGACCCAUGUUGUGUCCACCCAGGUAGGGGAAUGGCAACAAUAUCCCUUCCCCAGUAUGGUAGCCCCCAUAGUUUACUGGAAAACAACUCACAGCAUCUCUGCUGAUCUUGCUCUCUGGGACAGAUGUAGUCCAAAAUGCCUGGAGGCCACUAGGAUGGCGAAGGCUGGUCUACCCUGAUCAGCAGUGUGUCUCCAGGAUUUUAGACAGCAGACGUUCCCAGCCCUCCCUGGAGACACCAGGGAUUGGGCCCUUCUGCUUGCCAAGCAGGCGUCCUGCUGCUCAGCCACAGCCCUUCUCCUGCCUGUGUUUUUCAGAUGCACGACAGAUUCAAGUUUGCCCCAGAGAUGGAGGCCUACGUCGACUCAUUCUUGGAGGGAUGCAGUGACCCGGCCAAGCAGCUGACGGUGAUGGUUGGCUUCUCCACGCUCACCAACCAAGGCUACCCGGUGGUGCCUAGUUUCUGGAAAGUGCUGAGGCACCUGCUCCCCGGCGCGUUGCUGAAGUACACGGCCUGGCUCAAGAACAUGUUCCUCAACCCGGAUUUGGACGCCUGCGUGGAUUUCGCCACCAGGCGGCAGCAGCAGAACGAGAAGAAGACGGACGUGUGAGUGGAAGCUGGGGGAAAGGCGGAGGCACCUCCGGCCGAAUAGGAAGCAGCCAGUGUGAGAGCCAGUGUGGUGUAGUGGUUAAGAGCAGUAGACUCGUAAUCUGGUGAACCGGGUUCGCGUCUCUGCUCCCACAUGCAGCUGCUGGGUGACCUUGGGCUAGUCACACUUCUCUGAAGCCUCUCAGCCCCACUCACCUCACAGAGUGUUUGUUGUGGGGGAGGAAGGGAAAGGAGAAUGUUAGCCGCUUUGAGGCUCCUUUGGGUAGUGAUAAAGCGGGAUAUCAAAUCCAAACUCUUCUUCUUUUUAUGCUGCUUCAGACCCCUGCAUGGAGGACAGAUAAAAGAAAAGAAAGUCCUUCAGGCGGAGCUAGUUAUACUGUGGAACUCCCUUCCACAGGAGGCUGUGAUGGCCACCAAGCUAGAUGGCCUUAAAAGAGGAUUAGACAAAUUCAUGGAGGAGAGGGCUAUCCUUGGCUACUAGCUAUGAUGGCUGUGCUCUGCCUCCACAGUCUGAGGCAGUGAUGCUUCUGAAUGCUGGAAACCACAGGAGGGAAAGAGGGCUCUUGUGUUCGAAUCCUGCUUGUGGGUUUUCAUCAGGCAUCUGGCUGGCCACUGUGAGAACAGGAUGCUGGACUAGAUGGGUCACUGGCCUGAUCCUGCAGAGCUCUUCUUAUGCUCUUGUCUCUCCCAGCCAGGAGAGUUGCCAGGGAUUGAACCUGGGAUGAAUGAAUGAAUUUUAGUGAAUGAAUGAAUUUUAUUAUUACGGUCACAGACCACUUCCGGCUCACUUAAAAUAUCAGGAAAAUCGUAAAACACAACAGGAAUACAUUGAAUUGCAUUGGGGUAUAACAGAGACAAUACAGAUAUAGCAGUUAAAUAUAUAUAUAUAAAAUCUUGAUCACUAAAAUAUCACCUAAAAUUGUCAGAACCUGGGACCUUCUACACUCAAAGCAGAUGCUCUACCACCGAGAUUCUAUUUUUCACAUGCACGUGACGCUCCUGUUGGUAUUAGUGAGGCUUUGCCACUGGAUUCUCCUCAGGUGCUAAUUUCUGUGAGGUUUCUUGGCUGGGGCGGGCCCAUUUGUACUUUCCACCAAGGCACCGUGAAGUCUUUAGGCUGGCCAAAGCUCCCUAUAGCUCAGUCGGUUAGAGCCUGAGACUCUUAAUCUCAGGGUCGUGGGUUCGAGCUCCAUAUUGGUCAAAAGUUCCCUACUUUGCAGGGGGUGGGACUAGAUGACCCUUGGGGUCCCUUCUGGGUCUGCAGUUCAAAGAUUCCCACCUAUAAUGGGGAUGGUGGUCAAUUGAUUUGGUAAACUGUUGCCACAGGAACAUAGGAUGCUAGGUGUUGUUGUUUUUUAACCAAAACCGCAUUCCCACCAUUUUAAGCAGCAAGGACUUCCCCCAAAGGAUUCUGGGUACUAGGAGUUGUUACAAAGCCCCUGUUCCCCUCAGAGAGCUACAAUUCCCAUAGCGCCCUGUGAAGAGGGAUUGAUUGUUAAACAGCUCUGGGUAUCUUAGCUCUCUGAGAGGAACAGGAGUCUCCUCUUAACUCUAAGCACCCUAAACAAAUGAAAGUACCCAGAAUUCUUUGGAGGAAGCCAUGACCGUUUAGUACCAUGGCGCUUUAAAUGAAUGGUGUGAAAGUGGCCAAAGAAGGUGGGGGUCCCUGGCCCCACCUGGCAACGCUGGAGGUGUCUCGUAACACUAAACGAUGGCUUAGCAUGACAUCUGAACUGGCCUGCUGUCCACCAUCUUUUUACUCCAGUAAGAUGAUAAGGCAAGGGUCUGCUUUAGUGGCUCAUUACUUCUGAUUUCUCUCUGUCGAUGCAGGGAAAUGACCCAGCACUGUGUGACGCGCCUGAGGAAAUGGAUCAUAGCUCGGCUGGUUGGCCUAGUUGAGAACCCGCAGAUCAAGAAGGGAGAAGAGUUUGUGACUGAUGUGACCAGGUAGGAGGGACAAGAUGGUUGACAGCGGCUUGCGCUGCCUGCUUGCCGAGGGAAGGGUUUGUUGUUCACUCGAGACAGCUGGAUACUCUAAACCAAAGAGCUGUACAGUGGUGCCUCGCAAGACGAAAUUAAUCCGUUCCGCGAGUCUCUUCGUCUUGCGAAGCACGGCUAUUAGCGGCUUAGCGGCUUUAAGAAAAAGGAAACAAACUCGCAAGAACUCGCAAGACGAAACAUCUUGCGAAGCAAGCCCAUAGGGAAAUUCGUCUUGCGGAACAACUCAAAAAACGCAAAACCCUUUCGUCUUGCGAGGCAUUUGUCUUGCGGGGCACCUCUGUACUGCUCACAACCUUUGUAUGACCUUAGGCCGCAAUCUGCACUAUUCCUUUAAAGCAGUGUCGUACCACUUUAAACAGGGCUUCCCCCAAAGCUUUCUGGGAACUGCAGUUUGUUCAGGGUGUUCAGAGUUGCUAAGGAGCCUCUGUUUACCCUCACAGGGCUACAGUUCCCAGAGUGGUUUAACGGUCAUUCCCUCUUCCUCCAAACCCUCCUCAAAAGCUCAGGUUUCUGUGAAAUCUUCAAUCCUCUCACUGGAAUGAAGACCAAAGACACAUAAUUGAAUAAAAGUACAUAUUCUUCCCUUUCCCAGACCUGUUUCCAUUUUCCUACCCAUCCCAUGUCAGAAGUUUAGCUUGUAAGGGAACGGGAGCUGGUCCUCUGGUACUUGAUAGCGCAGUGUGUAUGUUGAUAUUGCCAAGAGAGAAACUUAAGAUCCUGCAAGACACGUUUGGCAUUUACGUUACUGGUUGCCACAAUGCAAGCUAGAUCUAGCUGAGAUGUAGCCAGUGCUUAUUUUCUAGAAAAAUAGUUGCUGCUACUCACUAUGAAGUUUUUGCAGUAAGUGCCACACUUUUUAACAAAAAAGAGGUGCCGGUACUGUGUACCCUUGAGUAAAGGUACAAAGGUAAAGGACCCCUGGACGGUUGAGUCCAGUCAAAGGCAACUAUGGGGUGUGGUGCUCAUCUCGCUUUCAGGCUGAGGGAGCCAGUGUUUGUUCACAGACAGCUUUCCGGGUCAUGUGGCCAACAUGACUAAACUGCUUCUGGCACAAUGAGUGCCAGAGUGUACAGAAACGCUGUUUACCUUCCCGUCGCAGUGGUACCUAUUUAUCUACUUGCACUAGUGUGCUUUUGAACUGCUAGGUUGGCAGAAGACCCUUGAGUACCCCCUGAAAAAAAACACUGGAUGUAACAACCUGCCCCCCCCCCAUCUAUAUUUAUUUGUCACAAACAUGAGGACUGGAAACUUCUUUCCAGGUGAAAGUGGGUAUUCUUGGCUUUCUAACUGAAGUGACUCUAGAGUUGCAAAUCAUUUGGGAACGCCGCUUUGUUUCAGCAGCCUGUAUUAAGAAGUCGUUGUUGUCUUCUGCCAGGUUCUGCUUCUUUCAUGCUUUUUUCAAGACCAAGAAACCGACCCCUGAGAUAACCGAGACAAAAACCACACCAUCGGUGCCCCUGAACGAGGCAUCCCGCACAGCAGCCGCAAACUCGUUUUUCAGGUAUUCCCUUUGCUGCCUUGCUAGUUUUGAGCUCUGAAACCAUACGUGACUCACAACCCCAGCACCUCAAGCACUGCCUCUCCCCAUAUGAAUCAACCCAGACCUUGCAAUCAUCAUUCCUUGAGGCAUUUCUCCAUGUGCCCUCUCCUUGAGAGGCCCAGAAGGUGGCAGCACGAGAAGGGGCCUUUUCUGUGGUGGCUCCCCGCUUGUGGAAUGUUCUCCCCAGGGAGGCUCGUCUGUCAGCACCAUUCUACAUCUUUAGGCAUUAGGCAAAAACAUUUUAUUUUCCUCCAGGCCUUUGGCUCUCAGUUACCUGUGGCCUCGUUGAGUAGGUGGGAUGUUUUAAGGUAAAGGUACCCCUGCCCGUACGGGCCAGUCUUGCCAGACUCUAGGGUUGUGCGCCCAUCUCACUUAAGAGGCCGGGGGCCAGCGCUGUCCGGAGACACUUCCGGGUCACGUGGCCAGCGUGACAAGCUGCACCUGGCGAGCCAGCGCAGCACAUGGAACGCCGUUUACCUUCCCGCUGGUAAGCGGUCCCUAUUUAUCUACUUGCACCCGGGGGUGCUUUCGAACUGCUAGGUUGGCAGGUGCUGGGACCGAGCGACGGGAGCGCACCCUGCCGCGGGGAUUCAAACCGCCGACCAUGCGAUCGGCAAGUCCUAGGCGCUGAGGUUUUACCCACAGCACCACCCGCGUCCCAGGUGGGAUGUUUUAAUCCUCCCUUUAAAAAAAAUAAGAUUGCCAUUUAGAUUUUUCUUUGUUUUUCAUUUUUGUUUAUGCCACCUUUUAAUAUGUGUGUGUGUGUGUGUGUGUGUGAUAGUUUAUGUAUGGCAAAUGGCUUUGAAUUAGCUUAGAUGGUUGAGCUCUCAGUUAUCUGUGGCCUCCUUGAACAAGCGGGCUGUUUCAACCCUUCCUUUUAGAAACAGGGUGGUUGUUUAGAUAUUCCUUUGUUGAGCGUCUAAGGCCAAAGCAUAGGAAAUAAAACCCCACCAGAUGACACACAAGUGUUGUGGAUCUUCCAUCUCACUGGAAACACACAGUUCAUGUGUAUUUUGCCCCUCCUUGAUAGCCAAAGUCCAUAUGAAGACAGAUGUGGAUUUAUUCCAGAUUUUACAUUGCUGGGCUAUUGAAAUCCUGGCUGCAGCUAACAUCCUUGUCAAAAGUUAUUUUUUUUUUAAGACAUAAUUUUUAAUUGAUUUUCACAUGUUUUUUCUUAAAUUUUGACUUCCCACCCUUACUUCCAUGUUUUUAUUCCUACCUUAUACCUGCUGCUUUAUCGGACAUACAGUGGUACUUCGGGUUAAGAACUUAAUUCGUUCCAGAGGUCCGUUCUUAACCUGAAACUGUUCUUAACCUGAGGUACCACUUUAGCUGAUGGGGCCUCCUGCUGCUGCCGUGCCGCUGGAGCACGAUUUCUGUUCUCAUCCUGAAGCAAAGUUCUUAACCCGAGGUAAUAUUUUUGGGUUAGCGGAGUCUGUAACCUGAAGCGUAUGUAACCUGAGCUACCACUGUACAACUAUCCUCUAUUUCACUUACCAAUGUUUUCUUUCUAUGUCAAAAGUUCUUUAGAGCGACAAGCUUUCACGUUGUCGGUCCUCAUAUUCAGCAACGACAGCUGUCGAGGAAGCCUGAUGUAACUAUUUUUUGCGUUUCUGCAUAUCCCAAACGGCGGUUCCUGUGUUCAGUCGCUGCUCUCUCUCUCUCUCUCUGCAGUUUGCUCCAGCACUUGAACACGAUGCCUGCCCUGGGGGACUCAGCCAAAGCAGAAGAAAUGAGGAAGAAGCACCUUCACGGCUUGACCGCCAGCGGGAACCCCUGGCUCUACCUCAUCGUCCAGUACGCCAGUGCCCUCCUCUCUCACCAGGUCCACGUCGCAGUUGUGGUGCCAUUUAGCAAUGAAGAGAAGCUUGCUUGGGACAGGUACGAGGCACUUAGAGCGGGGUGGGGAGCCUGUGGCCUUCCAGGUGUGGUUGGACUCUCUUCUCAGUGGAGCCUGCCUACUGCCCAAGCCAUUUUACCGCCCAAGGCGGAGGGACAAGUUGGUUCAUUCCCCAUUCAGUGCACAAAGUCUGACUAGACUGGCCUAGUCUCACCAAGCUCUGCUGGCUAGAGCAAGCAAAUAACAAACAAACAAACAAACACAGAGUCUGACCAUUCUUUCCCCAUCACAGAAUGCUCCAGACGGUGGAAACCUUGCGGAAGAGAGAGAAGAAAAGUCAGAACCUGAAGUCCUCCGCCUUCCAACACCUCCUGCUGUUAGUUGGCAUUCACCUCUUCAAGGUAAUAUCUGGCACGCUGGAAGCGGCUGUUUUGGGUGAGGCUUUGAAUAUGGCUGUGGCCAUAAUGCCUGAGCCAAUAAUGAUGAAGAUAAUGGAAGGGGAGCCGGGGCUUGUCUUGGGAAAAGCAUGGGAAAGUGCCUUAUAUGAGGUCAGACUAUUGGGUCUACAGUGGUACCUUGGUUCUCAAACUUUGUCCGUUCCAAAGCCAAAGUGUUCCAAAGCCAAGACGUGCUUUCCCAUAGAAAGUAAUGCAAAAUGGAUUAAUCCAUUCCAGACUUUUAAAAACAACCCCUAAAACAGUAAUUUAACAUGAAUUUUACUAUCUAACGAGACCACUGAUCCAUAAAAUGUAAGCAAUAACCAAUGUACUGUUGUAUAAAAUAAAUAAGACAGUAUUGUAGAUGAUAAAAAUUAAAAUUAUUUUUUUUCCUUACCUGCACUGAUGAUAGUCAUUGUUUGGAUGGGGGGCUUUUCUCCAUUUCUACAGUCACACAACCAAUCAAUCAGUAGCUGAACUGGGCUCCACACAGUCACAAAAACAAAUUAACUGAAAAAGCCUCAAAAACAAAAACGCAAAAUAAAUAGCAAAAACAAAAGUACCAAAUACAGUGGUACGUUGGUUCUCGAACUUAAUCCGUUCCGGAAGUCAGUUUGACUUCCGAAAUGUUUGAAAACCAAGGCGCGGCGUCUAAUUGGUGUAGUGUACCCGGAAACAAUAGCCGACAGCCGCAUCGGAUGUUCGGCUUCCGAAAAAGGUUUGAAAACCAGAACACUUCUGGGUUUUUGGUGUUUGAGAAGCAAGGCGUUUGAGAACCAAGGUACCACUGUAUAUAGUUCAGUGUUGCCUACACUGACUGGCAGUGGCCCUCCAGGGUUUCACAAGCAGGGGUCUCUCCCAGGCCUUACCUGGAGAUGCUGUGGCUUGAAUCUGGGAAUAUAUAUUUUUACAUGGAAAGCUGUGCUCUGCUACUGAGUCGCAGCCUCUCCAAAGUGGGAGCAAACUCCCCAUCCUUUCAGGCAGAGUUACAGGGGUCCCCUCUUUUAUUAAUAUAUAUUGCAUUUACACCUCAAAGAACUCAAGUCAUACCUCAUGUUACGUUUGCUUCAUGUUACGGUCUUUCAGGUUACGUCCUGCGGCGACCUGGAAGUACCGGAAAGGGUUACUUCCGAGUUUCGCCGCUCGCGCAUGCGCAGAAGCACAAAAUGAUGUCACACGCAUGCGUGGAAGCGGCGAAUUGCAAGCUGCACGUGCGCAGACGCACCGCUGCGGGUUGCGCUCUUUUCAUGUUACGAAUGGGCCUCUGGAACGGAUCCCGUUCGCAACCAGAGGUACCACCGUACAUUGUUGUCUCCCUAUUACAGUGGUACCUCGGGUUAAGUACUUAAUUCGUUCCGGAGGUCCGUAUUUAACCUGAAACUGUUCUUAACCUGAAGCACCACUUUAGCUAAUGGGGCCUCCUGCUGCCGCUGCGCCGCUGGACCACGAUUUCUGUUCUCAUCCUGAAGCAAAGUUCUUAACCUGAAGCACUAUUUCUGGGUUAGCGGAGUCUGGAACCUGAAGCGUAUGUACCCUGAAGCGUAUGUAACCUGAGGUACCACUGUAUUAUCCUCACAACAACCUCAUCUGUUCAGGCCCAGGAUCUUCUGUCUUCAGUUCCCGAGCUCUACUGUUUAAAUACCUGGAAACGUCAGAAGGAAAGCCUGCCUCUGAGCAUGUUCAGAGUGCAGUCCCAGCACCCAAUGAUUAGUUCUUUAAAAAUCCAUUGGCUUGCUUACUGUAUGCCUCACAAACGUGACAUGAUAAAACCAGAUCAGAACACAGUAUGGAAAGAUGAAUUGCUAUUUUGCAGGAAAUGGUAAACAGAACAAUGUAUUUUGCAACAAACGGUAUAACAAAACAAUCCUGCGGAUGUGGCAGGAAGAAAGAGACCAGGGAUAUGCUCGUUGGUCCAUGGAAGGCCAACAUGUUCAAAGAACCGAACACAUCAGUUGGGGGAAAAAAUUAAAUCGAAAAGCAAGCAGGCAAACCCAGGAAUUGCAAGUGCAGGGUUUGAGGUUGCGUUCUAGUGUAUUUCUGUACCUGCAGAAUUUUUAUUUAUUUUAGCAAACCACUGCUUUAUCAUUCAAAAAGUAUCUCUAAGAAGUUUACAAAAAUUAUCAAUAAAAAACAGAUAAUUAAAUACAUGCAAAGGAUGGCUAAAACCAUCAGUUGCUAAAAAGAAACAGAACACGUAACUUCUGCAUGUGUGGAUAGACUUCCCUACAGAAAAAUGUUUUAAGCAGAUGCCAAAAAGAGAACGACGAAGACACCUGUCUGAUGUCAAUCAGCAGGGAGUUCCAAAGUGUGGGUGCUGCCACGCUAAUUCAAAGGAUGAGUUUCUUACAAGUGCAGAGCAGAUAUUAUGUGUCAGCUGUAGCAAGUGAACUGCAGGGUCGUUGCAGAAUGCCCUGAGAUGGGCUCCUGGUUGCAAAAUUCCUGGUGGGGUAGUGUGAUGGAUUGUGAAGGCUCUCCGCAAGAAAUGCCUUUGCUCACUCACAGAUACAUAUAUACAGUCUUUAUUUUACAUAUGUACAAGCAGCACGUUACAAUCAUGCAUCCGAAUCCUCCGGCUCAGAUUCUGGGAGUGCCUUAUGCCCGCCCCUUCUCCAACAGAAAAGGCGUGGAAUUUUCAUGUGAUGUCUCUGUCCCCUCCUCUUUAACACUCUCCUUUCCUUGGCAGACGGAACAGGCAUUGUUUCACUGUCUGUGCCAGAACUUCCUGUGCGGUGUUGAGGCUCUGCUCCAACAUCUGUGAGCUGUCCCUCCUCCUGGCUUUCCCUUCUUUCCUCCACCGCCACUUCCUGCCCCCUUCCUCUGCCUGUCUCUUCUCCUCCCCUUCAUUCUCCGUCAAUAAGAUUACAGGUAGGGUUGUGGAAUGCCAAUUUUAGGAAAUGGGGGCACCACUGGAACAUAGGAACACUGAAGCUCUUUUCCAGUAGACCUGAAGGAGCGUCUCCACCCCCAUCAUUCUGCCCGGACGCUGAGGUCCAGCGCCGAGGGCCUUCUGGCGGUUCCCUCAUUGCGAGAAGCAAAGCUACAGGGAACCAGGCAGAGGGCCUUCUCGGUAGUGGCGCCCGCCCUGUGGAACGCCCUCCCAUCAGAUGUCAAAGCGAUAAAUAACUACCUGACAUUUAGAAGGCAUCUUAAGGCAGCCCUGUUCAGGGAAGCUUUUAAUCUGUGAUAUUUUACUGUAUUUUUUGUUUCUAUGGAAGCCGCCCAGAGUGGCUGGGGAAACCCAGCCAGAUGGGCGGGGUACAAAUAAUAAAUUAUUAUUAUUAUUAUUAUUAUUAUUAUUAUUAUUAUUCCACCAGAAAGUCUCCCAUCCUAACCUAUUUUGCACCAACCUCGCAUGCUGCCCCGAGCAACUUUGGAGAAAGACAGGAUAAAAACAUAGGGACGAUGAUAAUGACAACAUUUGACUCCUUUUUUCUUCCUUUCUCUUUUGGUUCCCUCCGCCUCUCGUUUCCUCACUCGAUUCUCGCCCGACUAGUCUCCUGCAGAGUGUGUGAACCUUCUGAGCGACCUGCAGAAUUGCACCCAGAGAGCCUUUGGAGAGAAACCCAAGAAGAAAAAGACAGCGGCUGCUGGUGAGUUUCUGUUCACAGCCUGAUUUAUCCACCACACCCAUGUAGAUAAGCCCCUCGUAGUUGCUGGCCUUAUAUUUAUCGAUUUAUAUAAUAAACAACAGGAGACUGUAGGGAUAGGUGUGAAGGCAAAGAAAGAAAGGGAAAAUUGCUCUUUUUUCUGUCUGUCUAUUUGGUGGGCCUCCAGAUCCUAUGCUAGUUCUACUCAAGAGUAGACCCAUUGAUUUUAACAGACAUGACCAGGGUGGAUUUGAUUUAAAUCAUGAUUUAAAUCACUAGACUUGAUUUAAAUCAUUUUUUUUUACAGAAAAAUUCAUCCUUGCUGGUAUAAUCUUAAUAUUUACAACAGAUGAGGGUUUCAAUUUUGGAAUAAUUUUCAGAGUAGUUUUUACAGUUAUAUGAAAAAUUACUGAUUUGGUUAUACUAUUAGAAAUACAUAGAUAAUCAUGAAAUUAUUGUGAGGUUUAAUACGUUAAUGGUUUAUAUCUGGACCACUUUUCUGCUGUCCUUUAUUCUAAGGAGAAAAAUAAUUAUUUCCUUAAUAACAAUUUAUUUAACUAAAACAAUAGCAUAGCAUAUGUAUCCAUGAUUGUUAACUGUUGUGGUUAAACCAUUAAAAAAAAAAAAAAAACUUAGACUGAGUUUUAGCACACAUGAAAAACAAACAAAUCCUUAUUUCUUUAUGAAUAGCCUUUGGACUAUAAUGUAACUUAAACAGAAAACUAUCUUUAGAAAGAUUUUUCCUCCAAAAGCAUUUUAUUUUAAAAAUAGAUGUUUUUAAAUUUAUUUUUAAAAAAUCAUUGAUUUUUAUCCACCCUGGACAUGACUAACUUCGGUCCAUCAGUGGGUCUGUUCUGAGUAAAACGUGGUUGGAUGUAGGCCCUAGGUAGCCUUUGGCCUUCUAGAUUGCUGCAAGUGUCAGCAAUGGCUGAGGCAUGAUGGGAGUUGUAGUUCAACAACACCUGGAGGGCCAAGGCUCUUGAUAGCAUUUGGUUGCGCAGGAGGGAUUGUGCUGAACCCCUGUUCCCUCCUCCGCCAGCCCACCCAUGUGCAGCUCUUUGUCUCUGUUGCUAGCAGGAUUAAAGGGAGGCUGGAUUUGCUGACCAGGCCACUGUUGCAUUGCCCACUGGGAGGCAUUCAGACUCUCCCUGUGUGUUUUUCUCCACUCAGGUGGCGAAGAAGAGCCGGAAUGGGUGGAGGUGAUCAUCGAAGUCCUCCUUUCCCUCCUGGCCCAGUCCAGCGGCCUCAUCCGACGGGUCUGCAAAAGCGUCUUUGGGCUCGUCUGUCAGCACAUGACGAAGGGCGCCUUGCAGCUCAUCCUAGACGUGAGUAGCCUGGGGCCGCCCAGAGCAGGAACAGUGACAUUCCCACCCUCCGGGGCCGUGUGCUCUUGGGGGAAAGCGGUUGGGGGCCACAUCCCAACGGUGGGGAGAGUCAGAGCUUGGUGUGUGUGGGGAGUCAUGUUCAUUUAAAGUGCUAGGAUACAGCCGCCCCCCAAAUAAUCCUGGGAACUGUAGUGUGUUAAGGUUGCCGAGACCUGUAUUCCCACAGAGCUACAAUUCCCAGAGUUUGCACCACUCUGGGAAUUGCAGCUCUCUGAGAGGAAUAAGGGGUCUCCUGACAAAACCCAGCAUCUCCCCCCGCCCUCAGGCCUGUGGGGCUUCGACCCCAGUAGAAAAACGCUUCCACACUUCUGCUUUUGACGAUGGCUGUCAUUGAAUUCUACUCAAUAUUGACCCAGAGCAGAACUCUGACGUGUAGUUAGCAGUGUAAAAACGUAAACACAUUUGGUCACAAAUACAUUCAGGAUUGGCACUGUCCAUAAGAAAUCCAGUUGCAGCAGACUUGACUUAACCUACAAUAACUUACAAUGACUAAACCUUAACACUAUACAGUGGCACCUCGGGAUGCGAACGGGAUCCGUUCCGGAGUUCCGUUUGCAUCCUGAAUAGAAGGUAAGACGCGUCUGCGCGUGCACAGGUUGUGUUUUGCCGCUUCCGCAUAUGCGCGUGAUGUCAUUUUGACCGUCUGCGCAUGCACGAGUGGCAAAACCCAAAAGUAACACUCUCCAUUACUUCCGGGUCGCCGCGGAGCGCAACCUGAAAAUACCGUACUUUUCGCCCUAUAAGACACACCUAGUUUUUGGAGGAGGAAAAGAAGGAAAACAAGAAAAAAAAUAUUCUGAAUCCCUGAAGCCAGAACAGCAAGAGGGAUCGCUGCACAGAACACCACACCAGAAGGAAGAGAGGUAGAAAGAGAACGUGAAACCCCGGCUCCUUCUCACCUUACUUUUAUGGUCAGCCAGAAAAAGAGAAGAGAACCAGUUUAAAGCAGCUGUACUCAGCUUCUCUGAAGGUAUAACCCAAACAUCACGAACCUUCUGCUUGUUUCUUUCACACAGAGCACCUUCCAGAACCCUCUUGAAUUAAGUAGAAUAGGAAAGAUCUCUACACAUCAGAUCAAUGCUUUCUGUACCAAGAAAUGCAAACUGACAAUGGCAGCCCUGUGCCACAGCAAAUGCAUGCUUUGGGAGAGCCACUCCUUUGUGCAUGUGAGAGAAGGGGCACAUCUUUGUCAAUAUGGCGCCUGCAACUUAGGUUUGAGCGUCUGUACUGACUACCUGUACGUAUAUGUGCAUAUAUAUAUAUAUAUAUAUAUAUUUCUCCUCAAGGUUCUCGACCCACAGCACGACCAGGAUGAAGAGAACGCUGUCGUCGUGAUGGAAGACACUCAAAAGAAGAAAUCUUUGCCGGAAGAUGUGGUAACUGCUACCGAAUUUGUUAUAAUAGUGCAUUUAGCCCUGGAACGUCACUAAGGCCACUUUCCCCCUUUGCAUUUUAGGACUGUGUCUAAUAAACUGUAUAAAAGGCGGGGAACGGCUGUUGCGACUUCAGGCUAAGCCUUCUGACGUUCCUGAGCUGCUGUAUUUGCAUAUAAAAUAAGACCGAAUGGCAAAAGGAGCGAUUUUGAGCGCUUUUAGCUUGAUGCAGGAUUUUUCUAAGGACGGAGAUUUGCCAAGUCUUGGAUUCCCGAUAAACUGAGUUGAAUCUUCCUCUUUCUCGGCAGAGCGAAGAGGGUGAUGGUGAGGAGAGUUCUUCUGAAGAAGACGACAGCUCUGAGGACGAUGAGAGUGAAGGGGAGGAAAAGGAGGCUUCGGAGACGGAUAACGAAGAUGAGAACGUUGAGGCUGAUGAGAAAUUCCGCGCCAUGCUGCGAGGAGUUCUGCAAGCUGGGAAUGCACUGGUAAGUGUCGCAGGAGGUGAGGGCGAGGUGUUGAAGGCUUAGCAAUGCGGCACUGUCUUGUUAUUGUUGUUGGUUUUUUUAAAAAAAAUAUAUUUAUUUGGUUUUUCAGAUUAAAAUUUUACAGUCAUAUAUUGAACAUAGAUCAUAAAAAGAAGAUUCCAAGGAAUCUCCUGGACUUCCAUCCUCCCCUUUGUGGGUCCUAUUAUUAAUCAUUUCUUCCUGAAUCUUUUAUGAUGAUCCAAAUCUUUUCCAUCUCCAUUGUAUCCAGAAUGCACCAUUAAACUAGAAGUGAUAUUCCAAUCCCACUAACCAUUUUAACUGUUUACAAUGGUCUUCAAGAUGAGUUAUAAAUGUUCCCCAUUCCCCUUAUUAAAAUUUUGGUCUUCCUGAUUUCUGAUUCUUCCGGUCAUUUUAGCCAUUUUGGCAUAGUCCGUCAAUUUGAUCUGCCAUUCUUCUCUGCUAGGGUCUUUAUCUUCUUUCCAUCUCUGGGCCAAUAAUGUGGCCCUGUCUUCUGCGCUGAGGGGACCCUGAGUUCUGUGGGGAAGAGAGCUGAAUUCUACAGCUUGGAAACCCAUUGGGUUUUCCUUCCUGGAGUUGACCCACUAAAACUGGAUGGAAUUGACUGACCCCAAUCUGUCAGUUCCAGUGUUUCUACUCUGGGUCAAACUUAGUUGGGUACAACCCAAACAGUGGCAUAGGACCAGCACUGGGUACAAAACUUUAAAACACACACACAUUUUUAAUAUUUAAAAAUCCCAGGGUGGUGAUGACAGCGACGAGGACGUUGAUGACGAAACCAUGAUGUCCCUGGACGAGAACCUGUCGGCCCUCUUUGCCGAGCAGAAGAAGCGCAUCCAAGCCAAGAAGGACGAGAAGGAAAAGAUGCGCAAGGAGAAAAUAUUACGCCGGGAAUUCAAGAUCAAGGUAGGAGGAGACGAAGUGUUGGCCCCAGGGGAGAGAAACCCUUUGAAAUCGCAAUAAACGCAAAGCCAUUGAGAGCUGGUUCAGAUUGCUGCCUCCCAGUAACUUAAGCAGAGAUAAAAAUGAAAUAGAAAUGGAUUCGUUGCCCCUGGGUGUGUUUUCAGCCUGCAUCUAGAAAACAUUGCAUUGAAAGAUGGGUUAAAACUACUCAUCAUAAUAACCUUCAAACCAUGGGUUAGAAUCCUGGGUUUUUUAUCUGACUUGUUCUGAAGCUGAUAGCCAAAAGCAGUCUUUGUAGCAUGAAUUUUUAUUAUUGUUUUAACCAGAGGUUUUCGACCUUUUUGAGUCCACGGCUCCCUUGACCAACUACAUUCUUUCUGCAGGGCUCAGGAGGCCAGUUGUGUCACCCUUUGCCUGCAGAGCUGGCAGCCUCUCCCCCUUUUUCAAACACCCUUCCUUGUGGAGUUUUCACUCAUCCUCCUCUCCUCUCUCCCCUCUCCUUCGGAGCCCUCUGGGCAGCCGCUGCUGCCUCCCCUGGUCUCUGAGCUGCCCCCCCCCCGCCUCAAAGAGAGGUGCCUCCUCACACUGCCCCACAGGGGCCUUGGAAGAAGAUGCCCCCAGUCCUAGUGGCCCAACUGGCCAAAGAUGAACGUGAGGCUGGCACCUCACCUUGGGAGGCUGCAGUGGCAGCAGCGGGUGCUGCUGGGCCUGCAUGGCGUAAAGGCUCCCCUUCAGCACUGGGCACUCCGCAUCCAGGCAGGACCUGCACACAGCAAGCACAAGAAAGGCCAGCACAGCGCUCGCCUGCCUGCCUGCCUGCCUGCCCGGUAUCCCACUUAUCUGUCCAUUCCCAACAGCAAAGGCUGGUGGACUGGCUGGCUGGGCUUCCUCACCCAUUUUUUUUCUUUCUCUGAGGCCACCUCAGCAUCUGGCAAGCAGCACCCCCUGGCCAGCCCCAGAGGCACCAUUUGCCUGGGGGGCUUGUAGGCAGGGCUACUGCAACAAACAGCUGCACAAGCCUUUGGGAGGCAGAGAUGCAAGAGGGCACCAGAGGAGGGGGGAAAGAAAAGAGAGAUAGAGGCCAGUGUCGCCCACGGCACCCCUGACCACCAUUCAAGGCACCCCAGGGUGUCAUGGCACACUGGUUGAAAGCCAUUGAUUUAAACAUUUUCACCCCACCUUUCAAGGCGCAAUAUUCUCUUGGAGACACAUAAGAAACAGCAAAACAUUAAAAUAGCACUACCGUAAAACAGUGCAUAGAUAUAACAGCAGCUGAGCAGUAAAACCACAGGAGAUUUGCAGACCUUUAUGCUUUUGGAAAGGGACAGUAUCUAUUUUUGUUUUGAUGUACAACUUACGGCACAUACCGUUUUUAAUUUAGAACUGCUGUCCAUCCCUCUGUGGCUGGAUCUGAGGAUGAGAGGAUGCGGUUGGGUUUGGGAUUGUUUUAAUUGUGGCCUCCAGGGGUCAGGAUAAGCUUGGGAAACAGUUUAGAGCAUGUGAAAUACUGUUUGGUGGCAAGAAUCCAAAGCGGAGCAGUAGAGCCAAAUACUGAGCUAGCUUCUGAGUUACACAGGUCUCUUCACUAAUGUUCCUUGAAAAAAAUAAGUGGAUCAGGGAGGGAGAAGAGGGAAGGUCUUGUUCUUUACCAACAUGACAGGCCUUGACAGAUGGAAGUGGAGGAACCCUUUUGCAGACUAUUUUAGGCUGUGAUCUAAUACUCACUUACCUGGGAGUGAGGCCCAUUAAAAACAACAGGGCUUCCUUCUGAGUAUAAGACACUUUGCGCAAUUUGCAAUGUGAGUUGCACUAAAGCUUAGUGGGAGUUGGGAGAACAAAGGGACAUUCAUGCAGCCACAUCUAUGUGGUUAAAUUGGGUGGGGCGCCCCAGGACUGGGGAUCAGAUGUGGCUCUCAGGAAACUCGCCAGGCUACACUCAGGGUGGUUUUUCCCCUGGCUCAAUUGUGUCCUUCAACUCUGAUAACGCUUGACAGCGGUGUUCGUGUUUGUAGAAACCAGCUUGCUCUGCAAAUGGCAACAUCUUAUUUGCAUUGCCCCACCCACUUUUGCUUCUGGCUCCGCCCACCAAGUGGUAUGUGGCCCUUGGAAGGUUUCUCAGAAUAGAGUGUGGCCCUCUGGAUGACCACGUUUCCCAGCCCCUGCUCUAACCACAGUAGCGGGUUAUAGGAACGCCCUUCCUCGAGACCCUGGAGAGCUGCCGGUCAGAGCAAGCAGUGCUGGUCCAGGUGGACAGAUAGGCUGUCCUGUCCCCAUAUACUGUAGUCAUUCCUGUUGGCCCAGCCCUAGACUUCUUGCAUGUGCACCCCUUCCUUGUUUCAUCUCCGCCAAGCUAAGCAGUUGGCUCCUUACCUCUCUCGCCCUGACCUAGCCACUGUGAUCCACACGACGGUCACCUCCAGACUGGAUUUUUGUAACUCGCUCUACGUGGGGCUGCCCUUGAGACUGACCCAGAAACUCCAGCGGGUGCAGAAUGCCGCGGCGAGACUCCUUACGGGGUCCUCGCUGCAGGAUCACAUUCAUCCAGUGCUAUACCAGCCGCACUGGCUCCCGGUGGAGUACAGGAUCAGGUUUAAGGUGCUGGUUUUAACCUUUAAAGCCCUAUACGGCCUAGGACCCUCGUAUCUACAGGACCGCCUCUCCUGGUAUGUCCCACGGAGGACCUUACGGUCUUCCAACAAAAACAGCUUGGAGGUCCCAGGCCACAGGGAGGUUAGGCUGGCCUCAACCAGAGCCAGGGCUUUUUCGGCUGUGGCUCCGAUCUGGUGGAACACUCUGUCACAAGAGACUAGGGCCCUGCGGGACUUGACAUCUUUCCGCAGGGCCUGCAAGACAGCUGUUGCACCAGGUCUUUGGCCAGGGCACAGCCUGACCCCCUCUUUUGGCAAUCCUCACAGAACUCUAGCCCAAUGGUUGCCAUUAAUCUGAUUUGAACUGAUUUUAUAAUGAACUGAUUUUAGAAUGUUGUACUCUUUUACUGUUGUUAGCCGCUCUGAGCCCGGCUUCAGCUGGGGAGGGCGGGUGUGGCGAUCACACACAGGGCCCCUGGAUGUUUGACGGUCUAUUGACCCUGUGCCGCCACUGCGAUUGCUUUUUCCGCUGCCACCACCCCGUAUCUCACGGGGACACACGGAGUCCAGUCAGUUGUUGACAUAAACAAAUAAUCAAGUUUAUUUUUAAAUGCAGGAACAAGCUUAUGGUUUCAGUUAAUUUUUCUCUUGUCAGUUUCUUAUUCUUAGUUCCUAACAACUCCAAACUGAUUAUUCCCAACUAUCUAUCUGACUCCACCUAACAAUUCCUCUCACUCUCUCACAAUACAACUCUACCAACCCACACCUAAACCUCCCUCUUCCUUCUUCAACUCCCAAGCCUCAACUCUCAGCCUCAACCAACUCAACUCUCAACACCCAAACCUCAACUAACUUUCAAAACCUCCCACUCUAACUUUUAUUCCCCCCUUGCAUUCUCACUGGCCAAUCACAUCACACCUAUUUUAACCCUUUCCUUAUGACCCAUCCUAGGAGGCAAACGCCACAGCGGGAUAUAAAUACAGUGGUGCCUCGCAAGACGAAAUUAAUCCGUUCCGCAAGAGUCUUCGUCUAGCGGUUUUUUCGUCUUGCGAAGCAAGCCCAUUGACGGAUUAGCGCUAAUAGCGCUAUCAGCUGUUUAGCGGCGAUUAAAGGCUUAAAGGCGUAGGGAUUAGCUGCUAAAAGGCUAGUAAAGGCUAUUAAAGGCUUAGCAGAUUAGAUAAAGGGGGGGGAAGCAAAAAAAAAAAUCUCUAGACUCGCAAGGUAUUUUCGUCUUGCGAAGCAAGCCCAUAGGGGAAUUCGUCCUGCGAGCAACUUCAAAACGGAAAACCCUUUCGUCUAGCGGUUUUUCCGUCUUGCGAGGCAUUCGUCUUGCGGGGCACCACUGUAAAAUUUUAUUAUUAUUGUUCUCUGUCUCUGGAAAGCUUGUGUUGGCCUGAGUCCGACACAUCUCCCUUCUGUCCCUCACAUUUCCAGGUUCUGGAUCUGGUCGAGGUGUUCCUGUCGAAGCAAGCGGAGAACCCUCUCGUGUUCACCAUCAUCGACCCGCUCCUCUCCGUGAUUGAGCAGAGCAUGAGCAGCGAGUCCGACAAGCAGGAGCAAGACUACCUCCGGAAGACGGCCGAUAUCUUCACGUGAGUUUGUGGCGAGGUUUCUUAUUUGCUAUUUCAAUUUAGAUAGCUCAGGCGGUAGAACAGAAGACUCUUAAUCUCGGGGUUUGUUAGGAUAUUUCCGUUCCGCCUUAAAAGGGAGCAGGCUUUGUGAGUCACACAGCCUGCGUAUUUCCUGUUUCACAGGAAAUUUCUGUUGUGUCUUUGUUUUUGCUCUCUCUGUGUCACAGACACUGAAGCAGGCAGUCAUGUUUUUCUUUGUUCUGAUCAACGCUGAAUAAAACUUGUAAAUAAUACUCUCCUGCGUGCAACUUUCGCUGUGCAUUAUCUGCUGAUAGAGCGUGCAUGAGUUCUCGAAUGUGGCAGGCUAUUUCUGGAGCUCGUGUCGCUAAUUGCUGAUACUGUAUCUACGGGAGAUCGAUGGGACUUCCAGAGGCGACUUGUGGGGCCAUGAUGGACUUUGUCUCCCUGGCAGUAUCCCAACAGGGUUGUGGGUUUGAGCCCCACAUUGGGCAAGAGGUUCCUGCAUUGUAGGGGGUUUGACUAGUUGACCCCCCCCCGGGGUCUCUUCCAAGUCUAGGAUUCUGUGAUUCUAUAUAUAUACCACUACAGUGGUACCUCAGGUUAAGUACUUAAUUCGUUCCAGAGGUCCGUACUUAACCUGAAACUGUUCUUAACCUGAAGCACCACUUUAGCUAAUGGGGCCUCCUGCUGCCGCUGCACCGCCGGAGCACGAUUUCUGUUCUCAUCCUGAAGCAAAGUUCUUAACCUGAAGCACUAUUUCUGGGUUAGCGGAGUCUGUAACCUGAAGCGAAUGUAACCUGAAGCGUAUGUAACCUGAGGUACCACUGUGCUGACAAACCCCAAAGCAGUUUACAAGAACUUCAUACGUACAGUAAAAACCACAUAAGAAGUUAAAAACAGACAGCACAUUAUUAUAGCUAGGAAGUGGAAGGGGCAAGCAGAAUAUAAAAUGGAAGAAUGGUAUAAAGAGGUGUGGGAUAUAGCUAUUAAUGAUAAAUUAACAUGUGUCGUUAAGGUAAAAAGGUGAAUAUGCAGGAGAAAUGAUUUUGAGGAAAUAUGGUGGGUGUUUGUAGAAUUUGUACAAACUGAAAAGGGUCAAACCAUUGCAAGAGGUGAAAUUUUGGGAGGUUGGAUAGUUACAAUGGAACAGUGUCGGGGGGGCACAUUUUUAUUCUUAUUUAUUUAUGAUUAUUACUUUGUCAAAAUAAAAUAAAAAUUAAAACAACAACACCACACAGACACAAAAACAGACAUCAACGAGAUGGAAUAGAAAGGUUUUCACCAGGUGUUGAAAUGGAAGAUGUCUUGCUCAGUUUUUCUACUGGCAGACCGUGAUCGACCAGUCUUUCUUUGCCGUGCUGGAGUUUAUUUCAAGUACCUUUGCUACAUUUUUAUCCAGACGUGCAAAACGAACUGGGAGUUGCAGACCUCGUGUUUGCCUGUCUGCAUCUUGAUGUGGAUUCAGUCCACGUGGCAUGGGAGGAAGAUUUUCUUUUUCAGGCAGACCCCUGGAUGUGAAACGUGUAUCCAAUGCCAGUCCUACUCAGAGUAGACCCAUUGAAACUAACUUGAGUCCAUUAAUUUCGAUGGGUCAACCCUGAGUAAAAUGUAGAUGGAUGUGACUCUAUACCAGGAUCUGCUGCAAAGAGAGAGCCUGCAGGUCUAUAGUGUGUUCCUAUUGGUGGUACAAAAUUGUCCAGCUGUGCUCUCAAGUCAGCAUUUUGAAUGUUUUUAGGUAGCUGCGCUACUUGAACACUUUAGGUGUGGGGGGAAAGUGCAGUAUACAGAUUAUGAAUAAAACAAGAACGGUAUCAUACCGGUAGGGUUUCUUUGGUUUACUGACUGUGUUGUGUUCUCUUGGUUUUCAGGAACCACCUAUGCAGAUCCAAGCAGUACUGCAAAAACGUGGCCCCCAUCCGGGAAGAACUGCAUGCCCAGCUGGAGAGUCUGGUGAAAAGAGCUUGCAAGCAGAGCGACUCCUCUGUUGCCCUUUACUGCUUCAGGUGGGUCGUUUGGACCGGUGUGUGGGUUUAAGACACACACAUGCACGCGCGCACACACACACACACACACACACUCUUUAUCUUCUCAUUUAACACUGCAGUUGAAAGGGGUCUGGAACCCUGAGAUUUUCAAUGAAAAGCAAAACCCGUUUUUCUAAGUUUAAAAGACUUAAAGCAGGUUCCUAGUUCUCACAGUUUUGGAGGAAAUCUGCAGAGGUAUCUUCUUCUUCUUCAUUUAUUAUUAUUAUAAUUAUUGAUUUGUACCCUGUUCAUCUGACUGGGUUACCCCAGCCACUCUGGGUGGUUUCCAACAUAUACAGCAACAUAUUAAAACAUUAAACGUUAAAAAGGCUCCCUAUACAGGGCUCUAAGAGAAUGUCUUCUCCCAUAUAGACCUGGCGGGUGUAUAAACUAUGCAAAGUAAAUGUGUUUUGUUUUGCAUAAUUUAUUCUGCUACACCAGUAGUCCAGUACAGGCAUCUCCCCACUUAUGCGGGGGUUACGUAUAGUGUAAUUGUUUAAUAGCGGGGAACACCAUCUAAAAAGCCUGCAAACGCCCUCUAAGCCUCUGGAAACCCUUUUAAAAACCAGCAGCACUUACCAAACUGGCAUGAAUGGUGGCAGUGGUGGCUCUCAGUGUUCCUCACCACUGGAGGACCGUGUGAAAAUGAUGGCAAGGUAGGGGGCUAGACUGGUACCCCAAAGUUCCUGGCUGUGAUUCAGAGGUAGACCGGUACCUCAAAGUGCUUGGCUCCUUCCACACCAUUUUCCUGCUCUUUUCAGACCAUCAGUGCCCUUAUUGCAGUUUAAAUUGAUUUGUUCCAUUUAUUUCCUGGUGCCGUGCGUAUACGUGGUCAUGCGCUACUUGAACACGCGUAUGUGUGGAGACGCCUGUUAGGUACUUAGUCUAAAAAAGAACAGAGUCAGAAAGAAGAAAAGGCUAGAAAAGGGAAGCGGGGGGGGGGGGUAGAGAAAUAAAAUAAAGGAAAAAACUAAAGAAAAAUUGAAAAGAGUAAAAGGACUUCCAUCUCUCUUCUGCAGCGACAUAUAAUAUUCAUUUCUUACAAAUCCAACCAUUCGGUCUUCUAUAAACCAGUAUUAUUCCAAUCCUCAAAUCCCGAUAUUGCCAGUUCAUUUUCACUCAAAAAGCCGAUAAGAAGUUUCCAGUCUACAAAUUGUAACAUACAACAAGCACCAAUGUUGGAAUGAAUGUUUGUUUAUAUUUUUCUUUGAUUACUUACGUUACAUAGUUUUAAAAACCAAUAAAGCAUUUAACGGGGGGCGGGGGGUAAGUUUCCAAUCCUUAACAGAUGUCAGUAACGAUUUUUCUCUUAAUUAAACAUGUUAACUUUGCCAUCUCAGCCAGAUCCAAUAAUUUUACCAGUCAUUCAUCUAUAGUGGGCAGGGCUUUCCAUCUUUCCAUCUUUGUGCAGUCUCACCGCUGUAGUCGUAUAUCGGAGUAAUCUUCUGUAGUCCUUUUCUAACUGUGUGCCCUUAGCCCUAAGAGAAAGGAAGACGUGUGUAUUAUACAGGGUGCUGAAACCCCAGCUCCUUGCCACUAGAAACCUAUCCCUACCCCCUGCCUGGCAUUUCUCACCCACAAGCCUAUCCUCGCAGCCGUAAUAAGGUCUAGAAACUUGCUUUUGAAAAUGGAAAGGUGAGAUUCAUGGAGGUUCUGAACCUAAAAGAUAUUUCUGAGCUGGUGCAGCAUGGCAUGAUACAUACGGUUCUCCCUGACCCUUCUCUUGCGUAUCGCUCUGCUUUUAGUGGGUCCCUGUACCUCUUCCGGGUAUUGAAGGGGAACACGGCUGCUGAAGCUGCUCCGCAGGUCGCUCAGCCAAAAAAGAAGCUGAAGAGCAGUGAAGGAAGCGGUGCUCCGGCCGCUCAGGUGAGGAGGUCCUGCAUUUCUGCAUCUGUGUCAGUAAACUGCAGCCUGCAUUCUGCUAGCAUGGGGGCAGUCCUGGCUGCCGCGGCAAAUCCCACCCCCUGCCUUAGCCUCCUCCAAUCAGAGGCUGGCGAAGGACUCUUCCUGAAAAACUUACCCUCAUAUAUAGCAGUGGCAGAUUUGUUCUCUGAUCAUUGUAUCACCAGAAAGGUGGCACCCAUACAUUGUUAUUAUUAUUAUUAUUAGUAGUAGUAGUAGUAGUAGUAGUAAUAGUAGUAGUAGUAUACCGUCCUAUACCCACAGGUCUCAGGAUGGUUCACAAGAUAAAAUCACAGUAUAAAAACACAAAAUGCAUAAAACAAAAACAACCCAGUAACACCCCCUGAGAGCAUUCCACAAACUGGGAGCUACUUCAGAAAAGGCCCCGUUCUUGUACAGUUGUACCUAAUGUUACGUCUGCUUCAGGUUGCAUGUUUUUGUCUUGCAUCCCGCGGCAACCCAGAAGUACCGAAAUGGGUUACUUCUGGGUUUCGCCGCUCGCGCAUGCGCAGAAGUACCAAACUGUGCCGUGUGCCUGCACAGACAUGGCGCUUCAAGUUACGGGCUUUUCACGUUACGGACGGGCCUCUGGAACAGAUCCUGUCUGUAACAUGAGGUACCAAACACUUACUCCUUUUAUGCCUUUUUCUCCUAGUCCCUUGCUGUCGGCAGCCUGGACCUCGACCGAGUGUCCGCUGUGUACAAGGAAGCGUUGAACCUGUUUUUGACAAAGCGCAAGAGCCCGCUGACAGGGCCCAUGUUUCUCGACCUCUUUGAACGCCACCCGGUAAGUAGCGGAAGAGCCCGGUCUCGCAUCCUUUCCACACCACGUGGGCAUGCAAAAUGCACAUUGGUUGUCGAUCGGUUUCCUGGGAUCCAAGUGACAUCCCAGGAACGGAAGGGGUGUUCUGUUGUCAAAGCCUUCACAGGGUAGUUAGUCUUCUGUACCUCAGAAUUUAUGACACAACCUCCGACCAGGGCCACAUUCACACCAUGAAUUCAAAUCACCACUUUCAACUGUCAUGGCUACUGCCCUCCCCCAAAGAAUUCUGGGAACCGUAGUUUAAGGGUUCUGAAGGUUGUUAGGGGAGCUUGAUUUCCCUUUGCCGGCCAGAUUUGGAGACCUGGCAGGCCUGAUUAGGCCUGUGGGCUGGAAAUCCCUCCCCUCACUUGUCCUAAAACAUCACUUGCGAUCCUGGUGAUGUGAGGCUCCACUAACGCCCAGGUCUCUUCUUUUUCCCUUGGAGAUCAUGUGCAAACAACUGGUUGACACCAUUGUCAAGUCGAUCACAGAAGGCGCUCGACAGCACCAGCAGGUAAGUGCAAAGGCACCCAAACUGAGCGGGGUCUGGGGUGGAAUUUACCUUUUGUGUUUGUGUAUAUCAGUGCAAAGGGACACAGGUGGCACUGUGGGUUAAACCACAGAGCCUAGGGCUUGCUGAUCAGAAGAUUGGCGGUUCGAAUCCCUGCGACGGGGUGAGCUCCUAUUGCUCGGUCCCUGCUCCUGCCAACCUAGCAGUUCAAAAGCAUGUCAAAGUGCAAGUAGAUAAAUAGGUACCGCUCCAGCGGGAAGGUAAACGGCAUUUCCGUGCGCAUGCUCUGCCACAUGACCCGGAAGCUGUAUGCCGGCUCCCUCGGCCAAUAAAGCGAGAUGAGCACCGCAACCCCAGAGUCGGCCAUGACUGGACCUAAUGGUCAAGGGUCCCUUUACCUUUAUAUCAGUGCAAAUGAUGCGAUGCCAAUGACUUCUUAUGUACGUUUAAGAGAUUUUUAAAACCAAUCACAGCUCCCUCUUUCCACGAAUUCUCCCUCUCCUUCCUAGUGUUAACAUCUUACAGCUAUGCUAAUUGCAAUUAAUGCUCAUCAAGGUCCCCGAGUUUUAAGCAAGAAAUAGGGGUGUGUGGUACAUUUACUCCUGACCCUGACAUAUUUCUUCCUUUCCUGUUGGCAGUGUCAGGAUUUGGCUUACCUUGUAAAAUGGCCGAUGCUGCGAUUUGUAAUAAAUAGCUUUGAAUACAUACUAGGUGGGAAAGCAAGCCUUGAUGGGACUACUAAUGGUUUGCCUCAGACGUCUGGCUCUCACAGAGGGAGCUUUUGCCCAUUCCAAUAGUUAUAAUUACUUGUGACGCAGAAAUGUGUCCAGAAUAUGAAGUGGUGCAAGGAAAUUGCCUUGGUGUUUCCCUCUCGGUUUUCUUCCCUUUUCUGUUUUUUCCUGUGGGUCAUUGAGCUUCCUACCAUUGUCAGCCUGACAUUGUUCAUAAGCAUCGAACUCUUACCUCCCAAAUUCCAGACUGAAACAUGCACAGAAAUGAGGCUGAAUUUCCCUCGUCUCGCACACACAAGCGCACACACUCUAAUGCGGUUCUGAUCUUAUUGCUGUGACAAUUUCCCCCCUCAGGGAAGUUGACCUUCAAAAUGGCUUCCUCAAGUUGUUAAUCCCUGAAUGAGGGGAAUUUCUGAUUGUGUGUGUGUGAGAAGGAAAGAGAGAGAACUCCCUCAUUUAUUUCCUUUUUCUCCUGGAUGAAAUUUAAUUUAUCUCUGUAUGACUUAGCUACCUAUGAGAAUCCCCUGAGUUUAAAGCAAGAUAAUGGCUUUAAACUCAGCCAAAGUCUCUACAUAGCUCCAUCCUUAUUUCAGACAUUGUGAUGUAUUGGUAUAUCACAAUGUUUAGCUGGUGACAUACCACAAUGUUGAAAACUAGAUGUAGCCCAGCCCUAAUAUGAACGUAAUAAAUUAAAAUAAAACAAAUAAGAUGGAGCAGAGUCUGUCUGAUUAUUUUUUAAAGAGGCGAUUUAUGUUCUAGGCUGCUUCUGCAGCCUUGAGACUCCUCGAUUUACCAGGAUAAAAAAAGGAAUAAAAACAAAACAAAAAAUCCCCCAGCAACUAAAAGCUACACUCCAGCACAUGGCGUCUUAUGACUAACGUACAGCAUGGCAUUAAAAGAGGGGGGAAAGACGCCUCGCGUGAGUGCUCACUUCUGCCCACACCGGCAGUGAAGCGAUGACUCAGUUGCACGAAAGCAUUUGAAGUUGAAUGCCUUCAACAUAGAUGUUUUUCAGCAGGUGGUAAAGGGAGAAUUAAUCAAGGAACAUUUUGCAUAAAGAAUGAGAGGCAAUAAAGUGGUUUUUCUUUUCAAAGAAAAAAAUAAUAAUCCUGCUCUGGUUAGUGUUGCCUACUCUGUCUUUCUGAACUGCAAUUAGCGCUUUCAGCGACGAUUAGAGCUUAUUUUGUCGAUUGGCCUUUUAUCCCACUCUUUUGGCCAGAGAGCUCAAGCCAGUGUGUGCGCUGUCUUGCCCCUCCCUGUUAAUGGUCACAACAACCUUGCGAGGAGGUUUUGGCAGAGAGAGCGCGCUAGAAGUGGCCAGUUCACUUUGGCAGCCCCCUAGGUGACGGGGUGGGGAGAAAUGGGGGUGUCAGAAAGAAGAGAGGAAAGGGGGCGCUCUUACCGCUUGUGGCUUAGCCCACUGCCAGCAUGUGGCCUCCAGCAGAUCACGCCAGAAGGAAUGUGGCCCUUGGCAGAAAACGAGUUCCUCAUCUUCACCCUGGUCCAUGAGGUCCUCCCCCCUCCCUCACAUCCCUUUAAAUAGAGCUUGUAUUAAACCUGAAACCUAAAGUGUGACAUUACCUGUCCUCCAUCUAGUCAGUGAUUCCUAGUUUGGCAUUUUCCUCCUUUGCAUAGGAGAAUCUUCUCUCUCUCUGUUUUUAAGGAAGUGGCCCUUUUUAGACAAGAUGGGCAAAGAGGAAAAAGCUUCAGGCCUUCAAAAUGGAGAGGACCCUGGCCCCAGGCCAGGCAAGCACUUAAGUGGUUUUAAUUUUAGGCCAGCCAAUCGAUCUUAAUUCUGCCUGUAUUAUCACACACCUCCCAGGGGCCAAAGCUGUUGCAUCGGUCCCCCCCCCCUUCCUCAGACAUCACGUUUGUCUCCGUCUCUCCUGAUUUCAGUUCUUUUAUUCAGAAACAAGAGCCUUUGUGGCACUCUGAAAACCAAACAGAUACAUAAGGUUUUGUGGACUAGGUAGAGUCCAGGAAGCAUUUGGCUGUGAUUGACAUGGUGAUGAUGAUGAUGAUUUAUUCUUUCUGCCCCACCCAUCUGGCUGGGAUUUCCAGCAAAAUAUAAAAAAUAAUAAAAUGUCAGACAUUAAAAACUUCUCUGAACAGGGUUGCCUUCAGAUGUCUGCUAGAAGUUGUGUAAUUCUUUAUCUUCCUGACAUCUGAUGGGAGGGUGUUCCACAGGGAGGGUGCCACCACCGAGAAGGCCCUCUGCCUGGUUCCCUGUCACUUUACUUCUCUCAGUGAGAGAACUGCCAGAAGACCCUCGGAGGUGGACCUCAGUGUCCAGACUGAAUGAUGGAGAGGUAUAGACGUUCCUUCACAUAUAAUGAGCUCAGGCCAUUUAGGAGCGUUCGGAGUCAGACAGAGUCCCUAAGGUACUCUGGGCCCAAGUUCUUUUCUCACAUUGCGAUCUUUGCAUAGCACACAAACAAAUUAAGCCUGGCUUCAAUACAGUUCAGAGGGGAGGAAUUCUCUCACCAAUCCAGAUGGCACGCAGCUGGCUCUCAUAACCUUACUCCAGAGGAGGCUAGCAGAAGCAAAACACAGUUGUCCGGGAGGGCAGUUGUUGUCAGUCUCUUCCCCAGAUGUUAGUACAGGUCUUAUUUUACUGAUGUGUGCAAGUUCUAGUAGUGUUAUUUCAUAGUUAACUUGAUGGCUACCAACUUGAGCUGCUUUAGAAGGGAAUCAAACCAAUUCAGGGAGGAUAAGGCUGUCCUGCGCCACAAGUCAGUGGCAGCUUGUCUCCUGAUACCCAGAGGAGCAUCGAUGGGAAAGGCUGCUGCUGCUGCUGCUUGCAGACUUCCUGGGGGCACCUGAUUGGCUACUGUGGGGCAGAAGGGGGGGGAGGAUGCUGAGCAGAUUAAGGUCUGUUGCAGCAGAAUUAUUUAAGCCCAGCUUGCACCUUCUUAGGUUGUUCAGGCGAUGCCCUUCUAAGGUCUGCUUUGGCCUCCUUAUCUUCAUUGCCACAGGUUGGAAGGGAUAAUGAGAGCUCCCCGCCUGGAGCAAAGCAGAUGAAUUGCUCACCGGAGCGUAGCUAACCUGUCUCUCAACAGCCGACUCUCUCCGUGGAAACGUACCGGGGCAGUCCGCAAGGACUUGUAGGGUUGAGUAAUUUCCCUAAUGCGCUCGAAUUAUAUUUGCCGUUUGAUGCGUAGAGAGCAGAGGCUUUAAAAAAAAAAAGAUAGGAGACUGACAAGAAUCCACACCAGCCUUUUCCCCUUCUUCUUUUUUUGCAAAGUCCACCAAGCGUAGCCUGAGGGGAGUCUAUUGCCUCGGUUGCAAGGUCACAGGUAGGUUGCAACUUGGAGGUGCCAGUGAAGGACUUUGCUAAGACAUCUCUCCUUUCACCAAAGCGUUUGACUAGCAGGUGGAGCGGGAACCUCUGUCGCAUCUUGAUAUUUCAUCUCCUCGGAAUCCCACUUUAGCAAAUUUUGGUGUCAAAUGUUUACUAGGUAAAGGGACCCCUGACCAUUAGGUCCAGUCGUGACCGACUCUGGGGUUGCAGCGCUCGUCUUGCUUUAUUGGCCAAAGGAGCCAGCAUACAGCUUCCGGGUCAUGUGGCCAGCAUAACUAAGCCGCUUCUGUCGAACCAGAGCAGUGCACGGAAACCCCGUUUACCUUCCCGCCAGAGCGGUACCUAUUUAUCUACUUGCACUUUGACAUACUUUUGAACUGCUAGGUUGGCAGCAGCAGGGACCAAGCAACGGGAGCUCACCCCGUCGCGCGGAUUCGAACCACCGACCUUCCGAUCAGCAAGUCCUAGGCUCUGUGGUUUAACCCACAGCGCCACCCGCAUCCCGUUUACUAGGUAGUUUUUCAAAAUUGUAAAUAUUCACUGCAAUCGUUGGUCAAACACCCGUUAUUAGUAACUGGAAUCCAGCAAUACCCAAAAGCGUUUUGCAGCUUAAAAGAACAAAUAGGUGGCAUUUCAAGGACUAACACAUUUCUUAAGACUGUUGACAUUAUCAGGUGCAAGAUAAAGCUUCGGAACACCAUACAAUUUAGGCACUUUUGCGCCACUUUAGCAGUCAUGGAUCCCCCCCCCCCCGCACCCAAGAAUCUUGGGAACUGAGGGUGCUGAGAGUUGUUAGGGGACCGCUCCCAGCGCUACAGUUCUCAGCACCCCUAAACUACAGUUCCCAAUAUUGUUUGGGGCAAUUUCCUUUUAGAGAAAGCACCGUACAAUUUUUCUCCUGCUCUGGAGGGUAGGACUCGAACCAGUGGCUUCAAGUUAUAAGAAGUAUUUUGACUAAACAUCAGGAAAAACUUUCUGAUAGUAAGAGCUGUUUGACAGUGGAACGGGCUCCCUCUGGAGGUGGUGGACUCUCCUUCCUUGCAGGUUUUUAAGCAGAGAUUGGAGGGUCAUCUGUUGUGGAUGCUUUAGCUGAGAUUCCUGCAUUGCAGGGGGUUGGACUAGAUCAGGCAUGUUCAACUUUCAAGAGACUGCGAUCUUCUCCCACUAUAAAAAGUCGUGGCUCGCACCCGGCCUGUAAUGACACUUCCAGCACUGGGAUUCCCGGUCUCAAGAUUGUACCAUCGUAGCUCACUAUGCCGCGCCUCAGGAAAUUGAAGUGGUAUUUGCCGUCUGGCUUGCAAUGGGCUUCCAGAUGCACUUGCUGCAAAGAGUCAGGUGCUAUCUUUUUGCUGGAGUUUCACUACUGAAAGGAAAUAUCAUCAAGAGUGGCGGAAGAAAGAGACUUGAGGGCCUGCUCGAUACGGCACGGUUAAGGAGCCAAAAGGACUGACAAUCCCGGGUCCAGGGGAGGCUGAAGCUGACUGGAUUGAAUCUCGACUUAUUAUCUUUUCUUCUUAUUUUUUAUUAUUGGGAAUGUUUAUAAAUGCCUGAAGAUGCUGAAUGAAUUAUAGGUUUAAGCAAGGAUUGCACGAUUUGUAAAAGUAAUGAUGACUUGUUAAAUACUAUAGUUUCGAGUUUUAAAGCUUUUGAGACGUUAGGUGGUGUCAGAAUAUGAAAACAAUGAUACUGUUAUGAAAACAGAAUAGUUGUACUGUGAGGAGGAGGAAUCUAGAAAGGAGGAUGGAGAUUGCAAGAACUUUAUACUUGUUUUCUGUUUUUCUUUUCUUGCGCUGGUCUUUUCUAUUAUUUGCAUUAUUUUUGGUUUUUUUUGUUUUUGUAUUUUCAAACUUUUUUGGAAAUUUUUGUUGUUAUUCUUUGAAAACUUAAUAAAUAUCAAUUAAAAAAAAAAAAAAAGACUGGCAGUGAUCUACCCAAGUUGUUGAGCUUUUUUGAGCUUGGGGGGGGGGGCGGGAUCUUGCGAUCAACCAGUAGAUCGUGAUUGACCUGUUGGACAUCCCUGGACUAGAUGACCCUUGGGGUCCAUUUCAACUCAACAAUUCUCCCAGUCUUCUCCUUCUCAUUCUGACCUUUCAUCAUCAUCCCACAACCAAUCCCUGGGCUCUCACCACUUCUCUGCAGCCAGCAAAUCCAUGACAGUAGGCAUCAGCUCUGCCCCACUCUGGGAGCAACUCCCCCCCUCCCUCCAGCUCCAGACUCAGGAGCUCUUUGGGGCAUAAGGGUUGGCCAACUUCCCCCUCUUUAUUUUUGGCCCAUCUCAGAAUCUGGCUGUGUUCCCUUAGGUCAGCAGGUUGCACAUCCUGUAACUGGCUUCUGUCUUGGCCACCGAUAUACGAUUCAAAAUAAAGCCGCAGCGCCUGCCCGGAAGUUGCACAGAGACAGGGUCUGGUCCUGGCACAAACUGGUAUAUCACAGCGUUCAUCAACCUGGUGCCCUCCAGGUGGCUUUGAGUUGAAGCUCCCAUCACCCAUUGACCAUAGCUGGAGCGGAUGGGGAUUGUAACAGUAUAUAUAUAUAUUUAAUCUGGAGGGCACAAAGUUUGCAGAGCUGGGCUUUAUUAUCUGGAAGGUGAUGGAGUUUUUGCCACUAGCUGAUGAAAUAAAAUUGGAAGCUCUCCCCAGUUCUUCCUAAUCUUCUUUCUCCUGCUGGCUUAAUUUCCUCAGUGGUUCAAAGAUAGGAAGAUGCAAAAGACCUUUAAGUGUCUCUGUGUUGAAUGGCUCUGUUUGUGGCCUUUAGGAACCCAACCGAACGAACCAACCUUUCCGUGUCUGAUGUGCUUCUGAGAUGCAGGUCGUUAAAGGCUAGGUUAUCUGCGUGUGCAAGGAUUAGGGCCCAGAGACAAUCAGUACUUGUGCAAACAUCCACGGGGUUUGAGGUUUCUUUUGCCUGGGAGUUUCCAGCUGUUUUUACACACUGCACAGCAACAGGCCUGUUGGCUUCCAAGUGUGCAUUUAGAAGGGCACUGUGCCCUCAGGGGGGUAAGGUGUCAGGGGAUGAGCCUGAACAGACUUGGGGUGUGUUGUGGUGGGGUGGGAGGUGGAAUCCCCUGAAGUCUUAAAAGUAGCUGCAAAAUGGGAUUUUGAUCAAGUGUCUUCCUCUGGGAGGAUGAGUAGGUCUCCUCCUCCCUUGUAUCAUCUCCUUGCGCCGCAAAACUACUACAGUGGUACCUUGGUUUAAGAACAGCUUAGUUUAUGAACAACUUGGAUUAAAAAGGCUGCAAACACAGUAGUACUGUAGGUGUUUUGGUUUGUGAACUUUGCCUUGGAACAAGAACAUGUUCUGCUUCCUGUUGAGUGUGUCCCAUUUGUAAAUUGAGUCCCUCACUGCUAUGGGAAAGCACGCCUUGGUUUAAGAAAGCUUUGGGUUAAGAACGGACUUCUAGAACGGAUUAAGUUCAUAAGCCAAGGUACCACUGUACAGUGGUACCUCGGGUUAAGUACUUAAUUCGUUCUGGAGGUGUGUUCUUAACCUGAAACUGUUCUUAAGCUGAAGCACCGCUUUAGCUAAUGGGGCCUCCUGGUGCUGCCGCGCCGCCGGAGCCCGUUUUCUGUUCUUAUUCUGAAGCAAAGUUCUUAACCUGAAGCACUAUUUCUGGGUUAGCGGAGUCUGUAACCUGAAUCGUAUGUAACCUGAAGCGUAUGUAACCCAAGGUACCCACUGUAUUAGACACAGGCUUAAGGGUGGGUUGGGGAGAUCGCUUCCUAUAUUGUACCAGUUUCCAUUAGUUCACCUGCUUUUCCACCCCUUUCUUUUUCAGGCCCAGGCAUGCAUGCUUCUUCAGAAAGCUCUGCAGACCCGGGAUUUCAAGCUCUCGCUGUCCGAAAAUGAGUGGGAGGAGCUGAUCAGGGAGAGCACCAAUCAGAUAAAAGAGGUGAGAUGUUCCAGCCUGAUAUUAAAACCAGUGUUUGGUUUCCCCCCCAGGUAAAUCUCAUACCUCUACUCUACUGCUGUCUUGAGAGUAUGAUCAGGUCUGUAGACAGGAGAACUGCACUCAUAUGCUGCUGAGGAAUAGGAAUGGGCUGUGUUCAUGUAGCAGCUUAUUCCAUUUCCCUUACGUUUCCCUAACUGUUAAUUUGCACAUUUUAUUUGAGCUUCCUCGUGAUGUAAACGCCACUUCUGGAACCAUAGUGGAAGUUUUAGCACCCAUUUCCGUAUCAAUUGCCUUCAGAAAAAAACCCAUUAACACAGAAAAUUGCAGGAGUAAAGUGACAAAAUUUGGGGUGGUAUACCGGCAUACGGGUCUUUCCUGCUUUUGCCAUGGGGGAAUUUGGGAACAGAGGCACACAUGUGCGGGAAGUGGAGGGUGGGAGUAGCAGUGUUGUCCAAUAAUGUUUGCUGUUGUACCCACUCCUAUUGGCGUGAAUGAAAUUUAGCACAACGUAGCAGUGUAUCCGUGAAAAAGGCCACAGUUCCAUAACGCAAACUGUGAAAGGAACAUUAGAGAACAGGACAGAAUAAAGUUGGCCAAAGUCCUUAUCCAAACUAUUCCUUUAGAUAUUUAGCAGGUCAUGCUGGCAAGGGCUGAUGGGAGUUUUUGACAGAAACAUCUGGAGGUGAAUGUAUAUGAUACUUUCAAAGGGAGAAGGACUGUUACUUUCUUCCGCUGCAGUUUUUAAAUCCGUUUGCAACCCAGCACAGUCAGUCAGAUAGAAUUAGGCUUGCUCGCUAAGAUGGCAAAAUGGACAUGUUUAACCAGAGAAAAGUCAUUGUUAACAUUUGCUAAAGAUUGGAAACCACUCACAGACUUUUUGCGUCAGAAAGAAAUAAUGAUAUCUGGAUUUGAGGAUUGAAGAUGAUGUUUGUUUAUAGAAAGUUGCUUUGUGGGGUGUUAUAGUAAAUUGGACUGUAAUACUGUUUUUAUAUAGUAGACAGAUGAAGAAUCGGAAGUUCUUUACUUUCAGAAUUUUACGUUUCUAUCUUUCUCUUUUAACCUAUUUUCUAUUCUUUUUUAUUUCUCCCCCCCUUCUCUAUUUUUCCUCCCCUUCUUUAUCUAUAUAAAAAGUCUUGGUUUGGUUAAAAAAUGGGAAAAUGUAUCAAGUUUUGUAUUUUUCUCUGUCAGCCUCAAUAACAUUUAUUUUGAAAAGAGAGAAUUGGGCUUACUUAACACCCACUCCAUCUUAUGAGGUAAAGAGAGACAUUUCCUUGCCCUUUUUGCCCACCCCUCCUCCUCUUCCCUUUUCAUCUCGCCUGAAGAAGCGUUGUGGAAAACUCAAAUGUGACAUUUCAACUAGCUGUAACACAGAUAUUACCUCACUGCUAUUCCUAGAUAUUCUCUCUUUCUCUCUCUCUGUGCAAUGGACCCAACACUGCUACCUGCAUUUCUCAUAUAUAAAUCUCAGGAAACAGACACCUGGAGCCGUUUUUUCCCUUUGACAGGUGCUUCUGCUAAAUCGUUCGCUGGGGCCCAGUUUGCUGCAGCCUUUUGCUUCCCGCUGUGCCCUCCUUUUCACCCCGGCUUGUAAUUUAAUAGGGCCGCACGGUGUCUAGUCCACCUGCUGCAGGUGACGCAAGACAGAUGAUUGCAGGAGUUAACGGGUUGGGGAGCCGUCCCUUUUCAGCGUGUUGUGUAACAGGAAGCCGAAGGAAAGGGAGUCCGGGGAGGAGAAAGAGGCUAUUAGGGGGGAAUAUGUGACAGUCGCCUAAAAUAGCAUCCUAACUAGCUGCAGGGCUCUGCAUCUCUGUGUUCACUUACAUAAUAAGAACUUCCUGACCUUAUUUGUAUCCAUUCGGGUUGGGAUGCCAUUUGCGGGGUCAGCCGUGCUUCAGGUUCUCCGCUAUGCCUGAGCAAUCGCAGGCAACUUGUCUUCUGUGCCUUCGCUCCAAAAUUGAUUCCAGAAAAUAUAUAUAUUUAUUUAUUUAUUCAUUCAUUCAUUCAAUUUAUAUACAGCCCUUCAUCAAAAGAUUUCAGAGAGAUGUACAGCGUUAAGAACGCAUUUUAUGGCGCAUCGAUAGUAAAAAAAAAAUGAUGAUAAAAUAAUCAUAAAAACCAUCAGCUCCCCAGCUUUAAUAUGGGUUUAUUAUUAUUAUUUUAAAGCUAUUUGUAUCCUGCUGUUCUCCCAAGUUGGGAUUCAAGGUGGCUCGCAACGUUUUUUAAAACAUUAAAAACACAAAGUCGUAAAAACAAAACUAUUUAAAAGCAAUAGUUUGAAAACAGUGAAACACAGCCAUUAAAGUACAGUUUGCCCUGACGGCAGCCCAGUGAUCAGCAUCGCCUGCACUUGAGUUUCCAUUGGCCUUCCAGAAGGUCUUAGCCUUCUGGAGGAAGGAGAACAAGGAGGGAGCCAGUCUAGGCUCUCUUGGGAGGGAAUCUCACAAUAUGGGGGCUGCCACAGAAAAGGCUCUGUCUCUUGUCACCACCAAUUGCACCCCUGAUGUUGAUGGAAUCGAGAGAAGGUGCUCAUCAGAAGAUCUUAGCACCCUAAGGCUUCAUCCCUGUCAGAGUAGACCCAUUGAAAUUCAUGGGCAUGGUGGGUUCGGUCCAUUAAUUUCAGUGGGGCACUCUGGUUGGUAAGGAGGAACUUUUUAAAAUAGGCCCAGAGGGGUUAAAUUAUUUUGGUCUACUUCUGCUGUCUAGCUAACAUGUCCCAUUGGUGCAAGGAUGUACGUUUCCACACUGGAACUUUCCCCGUCCUCCCCUGCCAUGUGUGCACCCCCCCCCCCCAAAUAUGAAACAGCAAAUAUGAAGAACUGGUUAAAAACAAAGCCCAGCACUUGCCCCUUCCGGUUUUGAAUGCUUGAGUUGUGUUUUGUAAAAAAAUUUGUUUUGGCAGGCAUCAGGUACGACACCACAAUACGUCUUGUAGGCAACUGGAGAGCUUUUCCUUCUACCCCCCAAAUCAGAUAUUGUGUUUUGAUAAUAAGUGUAUGUUCCGUUGUGAACUGCUUUGGGCACAGUUUGCUCCGGAAAGAUGAUACAUGAGCUAACCCGUGUUCUCGUCUCAAAUGCUGGCUAUUCAAUAUACGCGGAGCUCAGGUUCUGAUUUGUUCGUGGUGCUUUGUUCUUGCUUAAAUCCGCAGGAUCGCUUCGGGGGCCUGUCUGUUUCAAUCCAUCACUGUUAUUAAAAACAAAAGCCAAUAAUGAGCGACAUAUUUUUGAUGGCUUGGGGUGGCUGAACCUGGUGACAAAAACAGAUAUGUGUGUGUGUGUGUUGAGAGAGAGAGAGAGAGCGCGCAGCAGCAGCAUCAGUUAAGCUUGGAUAAUAUAAAAAAUACACUUCAUGUGUACACAAAUGGAGGAGCUCCUGCCUCAACCCUUUGCAUCAACCCUGGUUUUUGCCAACCUGAGUCUAGGAUCCUCAUAGUGGAAAUAUUUAUUUUAAUGUUGAUGUUUGUGGCAAGGUUUUCUUUUGGCACAAAGGCAGCAAACAGAGGUGGAGGGUGGGGGUCCUGUACCUUAGAAAUAUAGUGGUACCUCGGUUUACGAACUUAAUCCGUUCCGGAAGUCCAUUCUUAAACCAAAGUGUUCUUAAGCCAAGGCGUGCUUUCCCAUAGCAGCGGUGAAUUCAAUUUACAAAUGGAACACACUCAACAGGAAGCGAAACAUGUUCUGCUUCCAAGGCAUGGCUCACAAACCAAAACACCUACUUCUGUGUUUGCAGCGUUCUUAAUCCAAGUUGUUCAUAAACUAAGCUGUUCUUAAACCAAGGUACCACUGUAUAUCACUCAGCGGAUGAGUUAGCCUGCUGGACUCGUAGAUUCACCUCUGCAUUCCAGCAGAUGGAACGAAUCCCGUAAGCUGUUUGCUAAGGAUGGUCCUGGGCACCCGGCCUUGCAUGGCGAGAGGAUGGAAGGCAUUACCAUGGCAACGCAAGGGCGUGUCAAGAGGUUCUAGGCCAGGUUGUUGUAGGGAUUGAAUGAGGAGGGGGAGAACCACAUACGUGGGCAGAGUUGUUCCGCCUGGCCUUUGGCUUGGAGUCAAUUUGAUCCCCUCUUUCUUUUUUCCUUUCUCUUCCUGUGAUGAGGCUGCAUUUUAAUGUUUUAAUGUUGUAUUUUAAUCUUGUUUUUAAGUUUUAUUCAUUCAACUAGUUUUUAUUAUUGGUUGUUAGCCGCCCUGAGCUCGGCCUUGGCUGGGGAGGGCGGGGUAUAAAUAAAAAUUAUUAUUAUUAUUAUUAUUAUUAUUAUUAUUAUUAACCACCUGGAGCUCCUCGGAGAAAAGGAUAUAAAUGCAACAAAUAAGUUAAAUAAAUAACUAGGUAGAGGCGUAGCUGGGCAGGGAAAUCCCCAAACCCUGUGACCCCAUGGAAUCUCUGCACCAGAGUAAAUUCUGGCAUAGAUCUUGCCCUGAUUUGUUGGUGGCUCCUCACAGAGCAGACUGAAGAUCAGUGCUGUGCACAUUGAGGCCUGCUCUGUCUGUAGGCAGCAGGACCUGGAGACAAAGGGAGCCUCACUUGCCGAACUCAAGAACAAUCCUGCUAUUUAAACUGCGUGUCAGACCAGCCGGAGAUGAUACGGGUUGGAUCCUUGGCUCAGGGAGGAGCCCGGGAGUUGCGGCGGCAUAGCUUUCUUAAAUAAAAGAAUAGCAAUAAUCCUCAUCUUUGUUUCUGGCUCUUUCCCCUCCUUCUCUGGGAAACAGCUUAUCUGCAUUGCUCGCCAGAAUGACGAAACUUAGCAACAUUCUUUACUAGAAUCAUCGAGUCCUAGAAUGGUAGCAUUGGAAGGGACCCCCACGGGUCAAACCCCUGCAAGGCAAGAAUCACAGCUAAAGGAUCCCUGACAGGUGGUCAUCCAACCUCUGCUUAAAAACUCCUGCGAAAGGAACAGACGAUAAUUCGGUUGGUGGAGCACCUGCUUUUGCACAGACAUUCUAGCCGAAUGAAUUGGGGAACAGUUGAUGGGAAAGAUUGCAGGGAGCCACUGUCCAGCAGAGGGACACGGGUGGCUCUGUGGGUUAAACCACAGAGCCUAGGACUUGCUGAUCAGAAGGUCGGCGGUUCAAAUCCCCACGACGGGGUGAGCUCCGGUUGCUCGGUCCCUGCUCCUGCCAACCUAGCAGUUCGAAAGCACCUCAAAGUGCAAGUAGAUAAAUAGGUACCGCUCCAGCGGGAAGGUAAACGGCGUUUCCAUGAGCUGCUCUGGUUCGCCAGAAGCGGCUUAGUCAUGCUGGCCACAUGACCCGGAAGCUGUACGCUGGCUCCCUCGGCCAAUAAAGCGAGAUGAGCGCCGCAACCCCAGAGUCGGUCACGACUGGACCUAAUGGUCAGGGGUCCCCUUUACCUUUACCUUUACCUUUACUGUCCGGCAGAGUGGACAGGACUAGGCUAGAUCAGUCCAAUACAAGACCAGCCCACCCACAACACACCAGGGGGCAAUGAAUGCCUCUGCAGCCAAUAAUAAUAGUAAUAAUAAUAAUAAUAAAUUUAUGAAUAUCCCGCCCUCCCCAGCCAAAGCCGGGCUCAGAGCGGCUAAUAACAAUAAAAGUAACACAGCAUUCUAAAAUCAAUUCAAAAUCAAAUUAAUGGCUCUACUCCUCUCCCUGCUCUGUCUCAUUCUGAGGAGGGGAAGCGGGGUCAUUCCUUAGAGCAAGGCAUUCUGGGAGGAGGGGAACGGGAAGAGAACUUGUGACCCGCUGCUGUGGAACUUCAAAGUUCUCUGUCGCGUGUCACAUACAUUGAGCCUCUGUGAAGUUCGGCACUUGUCAGUCCCCGAUUCCCACAUUUAUGGGGCUGCACCACUGUCCCUGACCCCAAGUUCACACAGCAAAAACCCAAAUGUAGGUGGAGACCUAUGGGACCCUGAUGAUUUUGCGGAGUUGAUACUCUCACGAGAAGCUGAGGCGCCUAAGGAAUAGGCCCGUUGAAAUGAAUGGGACCCAAGCUGGUCAGGCUCAUUAUUUCCAAUGGGUUUUCUCUGAAGAGGACUAGCACUGGAGACAAUCCCUAGGCCAAGAGUGGGGUACCUUUGGCCUGCCAGAUGUUGCUGAACUGCAACUCCCAUCAGGUCUAGCAGGCGGGACCAGUGGUCAGGCACGAUGGGAGUUAUAGUUGAGGGGGCUGGCUUAUUUCUCUCUCAUUCUAUUAAUAAAACCAAAAACAGCAGACCAAGUUUAACAAAACAUAAAUGAAUGAAUUUAUUAAUACGGUCACAGACCAGCGCCAGCACACACAACAUCACAGAUCAUACAAAAAAAUAUAUCAAAAAUACAGAGGACAAUAUGAGUAUUUAAAUAUAAAAAUAUAAAUUUAAAUAUAAAAAAUUAAAAUUAAUUAUUAGCAUGCCCCCUGCAAUUAACUUCGGGAACAAAAGCAACUGAAGGAAAUGAAUUAACAAAACAUAAUUCAUUUCCUUCAGUUGCUUUUGUUCCCGAAGUUCACUAGUUUUUCUGCCCAUGUAACUUUCCAUACUUUCUUACACCAUGAUUCUAACGAUAGAUUUUUAAUGUUCUGGAGUGAUAGUUUUCUGAUCCUAUGCCUUAUUUUCUCUUUUUGUGGCAGUGCUGAGGAAACCGCAACAAAUAACAUAAAGGUAUUGAGGUCCCUCUUCGUGGAUAUGAUUUUCAUGGUAAUUGAUUUCAUUUUCUUCCUUCCUUUUUUCUCAGACUUUAAAGACAGUGAGUGAAAUCAAGGUCAAGGUGGACCAGGAGAAGAUCAUCAAAUGUCUGGAGCUACUGAACUACCUCAUAAAAACUGUGACUCAGCAGGUAGAUUUUGCUCUUCCAGCCUGGUUUUAUCUUUUAUCUGGGACACUGGAGUCUCUUAGCUCACGUAAAUUGAUCAUAUGGACCUUUCCUCUUUGGAUUAAAAUUGCUGUUCCACUAGGUCUUUAUAGUUGAGAAUAGGUGUUUCUUGGUGUGAGAUAAGGCUGGAUGGAAAUUAAGCCUUACUGUACAUUGGGGAUAAUAAUAAUAAUAGUAAUAAUAGUAAUAAUUUUAUUCUUUAUACACCACCCAUCUGACUGGGUUGCCCUAGCCACUCUGGGCAGCUUCCAGAAUAUAACAGAACACAAUGAAACACUUGACAUUAAUUUUUUUUCCAAUACAGGGCUGUUUUCAGAUGUCUUUGGAAAGUUGCGCAGUUGUUCAUCUUGUGUAGUUGUUGACAUCUGAUGGGAGGGUGUUCCACAGGGCGGGUGCCACUACUGAGAAGGCCCUCUCCCUGGUUCCCUGUAACCUCACUUCUCGCAGUAAGGGAACCAGCAGAAGACCUUCGGAGGAGAACCUCAGUGUCUGGGCUGAACAAUGGGGGUGGAGACACUCCUUCAGGUAUACUGGGCCGAAGCCGUUUAGGGCUUUAAAGGUCAGCACCAACACUUUGAGUUGUGCUCGGAAACGUACUGGGAGCCAACGUGGAUCCUUUAGGACUGGUGGUAUAUGGUCCUGGCGGCUGCUCCAUGUUCUGCCAACCUUGACUCCUGGUUCCUUGUCCUGUGUCUUUAUCUCCUGGACCACCAGCGCUUUGUAUCAACCACAAACCAAGCGGACUCAGGUCUGAGCUUCAAGGCCUCCACCUGGGAAUGGCAUCAGCGCUGCCUCCUGAUUCAGUCAGCAGAUCCCAGGGCCAAUCCCUAUUCCACCCUAUCCCAGGUUCCGAACUUCCUCCUCCCUGAGGAGCAUCUUAGCCCAUCAGAGAAGAUCUUGCUACCUUCUCUCAUCCCGCAUACUGCCCUGGACGUGGCCUGUGCUGGGGGCUAUGUUUACCUGUCUGUGUUCCCUCUGAUGGCUGCUUCUGAAACCCAGCCCCCAUCCACAUGUGUACCUCACUCUUGGUGCCGGGCUCUCGUACCCCCCCCUUUGGACCCUGCAAAUCUUGACUGCUUAGCUGCCUGUCCCUGGAUGGUCCCCAGUAGAGAGUGAAUGAGUUGUUGCUGAGCGACUGAUUCAGCGGAUGGGUGAAUGAAUGAAAUCAAGCAAUGAAUGAAUCAUUCGUAUUUUAUCCCCCUUGCAGCGAACAUGAUGGGGAAGGAAGCAGUGGCAUGAAGGAGAACAAUGAUGCAUUCUGCAUAUGCCAAACAUUAUUCUGGCCUUGCAGGAGAGCAAGAGCAACUUCAUGCCAGCCCCAGUUCAUAUGUUGAUUCCUCCCCUCCCCCUUCUUCUUUAACUGUUAUUAUGCAAGGCGAUCCUUCUCCUUCUUUUGGGCAUAUUUAUUUAUUGGUGGAUUGUUUAGAAUUGCAGGCUUGGAAGGGACCCCAAAGCAUAGCUGUCAACCGUCCCUUAUUUGGCGGGAAACUCCCUUAUCCCAGCGCCGUGUCCCACUGCUGUCCCUUAUUGAUGAUGUCCCUUAAAUUUCCCGGGUUUCAAAGGAAGCAGCUCCUCUCCCUUCCCGGCCAGGGAGGAGGGAGGCUCCAACUGGGUUGCUUGGCUGCCCGGCCUGCCCCCCUCCGGCCUCCUCUCACCAGCCUCGGCCCCCGGGAGCCCCUCCCCGCCGGGACUGGCGGGAGUCUCGGGCCCUUCUGCCAUCCUCUUCGCAGUCACCAAACUGAGCUUCUCUGUCUGAGGCCUCCCCUCUGCCCAGCGCCGCCGCUCCUGCUAGGCUGUACUGCGGCUGCGCCGCCGAAGGACCCGGAUAAGAUGAGCAGCCUGGCAUGGCCUAUGAAUUGCUUAGGAGCCUUGAGAGGAGAGCGAGGGCAACCAUAGAGAAAGCAGUUCAGAGAGAGGAGGCGGAGGCGCGGGCAGGUGUUCCAAGGGCUAACCGUAGAGGGGGAAAGCGGAGGAAGGACCUCAAGCGCUUCUCCAAUAGAUUUGUAGUGGUAGACUAGCAUAGAUGGUCUGAUCUGCGUGUUUACUUCGGGCACUAUCUCCACCCCCCUUCCUCCCGCCCCGCCUGAUGGAACUGAGAGCUGCAGAUGGAGCACGAGAGAAAAGAUACAGAACUGCAACAGCAUCUUCGUAGCUUGGACUUCAUUUUGCGUGAAAAGUGGUUUCAUCAGCUGGUGUCUUGAGCAGCAACCUCUGGAAACGAAGGCCUAAAAACCCGCGCUGCUCUCCCAAAUUAUCUGGUCCCUUUUAACUUCAUGUUUCAGCUGGUUGACUAAAAUCCCUUAUUUUGGCUGCUGAUCCCUUAUUUUUGAGGCUGCUGGUCCCUUAUUUUCAAAUCUGUAAGUUGAGAGCUAUGCCCCAAGGGUCAUCUAGUUCAACCUCCUGCAAUGCAGGAACCGUAACUAAAAGCGCUUGUAAGACCUUAGGGAUCCUUAGAAGUUUGUUUUGGGGGGAGCUAGAUUGUCAGUGGAAAAAAAUCAUUUGUGGCUUUUUCGACAGCUGUGUUGGUGAGACAAGGACAGGACCCUUGUGGGAGAGAGAGGUUGACAGCUCAAGCAGACAGGAAGGAGCCAACCCAGGUUUCCCUUCUGGGUCUCCAGCUUCCCCUGAGCUUCCUUCUCCCGGGUCGCUUCCCUCCUCCCUCCCAAUGAUAGCAUCCUUCUCACCCACCUUAGACACCAUGUCUUUCUGUGAAAUCACCGGCAAUCUGUAGCCAGUGGCAGCAGCCAGGGAAUCAUCAGCACAGCUUCCCCAGCCCUGACAAUGACGGGAGAACCUCAGCAGCGAUUUGCUCACAUAUUAUCCAUUUCUCAGCACAUCCUUCGUGUGUAAUGAUCCCAAGCGGGUGGGUGUGGGGUGAAGGGCAGGAACGCACCAUAAAACUCAAGUAUAAGAUAUCCCGUUUUAUCUAUUUUUGGAAGAAAAAGACCAGACUCUACAGGUAGAUGUGUUUAGAAAGAAUUUUAUUUAUCAAUAUAAGCUGGCUGGCCUUGAGCACUGUAGUUCUCUUCGCUGCUUUUGUGGGUGGUCUUAAGAAAACUUGGCCCGGCUUCAGACAUCCCUGGAAGGGAAAAAAAGGGCAGUGAGUGGGAUGGCUGGAAUUUAGCAGCAUCACCCAGAGCACCUCCACUGGCACCUGCCCAGCAGCUUCAUCUACUAACAUCAGCCUGCCAGUUUCCACAGCUUUCACCUGUUCACAAAUAUCUUCCAGUUUCCUUUUUUGCAUAUUGAGUUGAGCACCACUUGCCUUGACCACAUUUGAAGCCUCCUAUUCUCACAUACACAAACAUGCUGCAGCCAACAUCCAUGAAGAACGCCAGCAGGGAUGUUUCUUCGUCAUUCGCUCUCCAUUCAUUCCCAUUCAUGCCCUGGCUUCAAGUCCACAAAUAUCCUCCAACUUCUGUUGACUGGUGUCCGAAAGUGAGCUUCAACCAGCCUUCUGUCAACAGACCUUUUAUCUGGAACUCCUGUCUGUCUCUCUCUCUCUUUUUCUUUUAAUAUAAUUUUUUAAAAUUAAUUUUCAACAUAUCAUUUUCAACAGUAAUUAAACAUACUUUCACAUCUUAUACCAUUUUUGCUUCCAUCAAUCACAUCUGAAAAUUUUUCAAUCUAUUCACUUAAUAUACAUUUCUUACUUCCACUAUUACAUUUAAAUCUCAUAACUAAUAUCUCUAUUCUUUCUAUACUUUGCAGUGUUUCAUAUAUUUUACUUACAAAACUUCUUGUAAUCCUACUAGUGUGAUUUGUUGAUUACAGUUGCUCUUCAAAUAAUUCGUAUAUUUCUUCAAAUCUUCUGUGAAUCUCUGGUCCCACAGGUUUUGAAUCCUUCCUGUCAUUUUAUCUAAUUCUGCCAUUCUUUGUCUGCCAUUCUUCUUUCGUUGGACUGGAACUCCUGUCUCUCAUUCCAUAACAGCCGCUGCCUCUGUUGUCUUUUGCGCAUCCAUUAAAAUUCUUUUUUCAAGAAGACACUCAAGUGGAGAUUUCCAUCCUGGUUUGUCUGCUUUGAAUCUGACUUAAAGAAAAAAGAAAAAAAGCAAAUACAGCAGAACCUCUACUUACGACUACCUCUACUUGGGCCCGAUCCAACUUGUGAUCGCAGCAAACCCGGAAGUAAAUACCAGGUUUGCUGUGAUUCAUGCAUGUUCAGAAGUGACUUCUGCCGUUUGUGCACACGCAGAAGCGGCUGCUGCCGUCUGCACACGCGCAGAAGCGCACUGCUGCCAAAUGCGCCAGUGACCCGGAUCAACUUAUGGACGGACCUCUGGAACUGAUUACGUCCAUAAGUAGAGGUUCCACUGUACGUAUAUGAAACUGUUUUUAUAUGCUUAUAUUAAAAUGCUUUGAGAUACGUAUCUGAAAUUGAAAUUAAGGGAGACCCAAGUGCUCCAUUGCGGGGUCGGGAGCGCAUCUUGCCAAUUUGUGAGCAUGUAAAGAUACCGAUUUGCAGUUGGCGUGACCUAUUUGAGGUUCAGUGUUUUGUGGGCACCAACCAAUCUGGCUUUGUGGUCUUUCCCCUUCAGAAGCUGAACGUGGAUCUGGCAGGGCUGCGCCAUGUGCUACAGGCCCUGAGUCAGCACGAAGGCUUCGGGAGGUCCACACGACUCGACAAUAUCUACUGGAACGUCAUGAAGCUCCUGGGCGUCACGUAGGUGCUUUGUUUUGGGGCAAAACCUGGCCGGAUGUGAAUUGCAUUGCUGGCCCUUGCGUUUAUUUAUUACUUGCAUUAAAAUGAAAGCUCAUGAGAGGUCCCCAGCAGAAGAGCCUCUGUGGUGUAGUGGACAGACUACGGGCAUGGGAGACCCGGGUUCAAAUCCUCACUCGGCCAGGAACAACCUCCCUCGCAGGGUGGUUGGAAGGAUGAAAUGAGUAGAGGGAAGACCAUGUCUGCCUGCUUGAGCUUCUCGGAGGAAAAGUGGGGUAUAAAUAUAAUGCCACUGAAAUGUGGCUUGCUGGUAGAACAUUGCUCUGCAUGCAGAAGGUCCCAGGUUCCAUCCUUGGCAUCUCCAGGUGGGGCUGGGAAGGACACCCUGGAGAGCUGCUGCCAGUCAGUGUAGACAGCACUAAGAUAGAUGGACUAGUGGUCUGAUUCUGUCUGAGGCAGCUGCCUAGGCUCCUAACAAUAGCAACCUGGGUUGGAACAGUGCAGGGAUGUCUUCAACUCCUUUCCCCUUGCCGUACUCCCAACUUUCCCCCCUACUCGCCUGCAGUUGCAGUUCCAUAAAUGAAGAAGAUGCAUCUGAGGGCCGCUCAGGUUUUGUUCGGCUCUCUGCAUUAAGACAGCUUCAUAAUCUUUGGCCUGCUAAAUAGGAUGCCUGGUGCACUGGUGCACGGGAGGGGGGGCCGGGGGCGCAGAGGGCAAUGUGAGUAGGAUGCAGCAGGGCAGUCAUGCACCCUGUCAGCCCCCCCACAUGUGCCCUGGCUCCACGCCACCCCCCUGGCCCUAUCCAGGUGUUCAGAAAGUUGAUGCGAGUUUUAAUUUGCUUUUAGUCUAUUGUUAUUUUAACGUUUUGAAAUGCCAUUUUACUGUAUUGUUGGUGAUUUUUCUUAGUGAUAAUUUUAUUGCUUGGUUAAUUUUAUUUUUAUUUUACAAUCAAGCAGUGUAUAAAUAAAUAAAUGAAACAUUCAGAGGGGACCCAGGUUUGGGAAGCCUGGAAUAGAUGCGGUUUUCUUAUUUAUACAGGGUGAUUCUUUUAAAAGAGGCCCUGUGGAACAUGUGUACAGUGGUACCUCGGGUUACAUACGCUUCAGAUUACAGACACCGCUAGCCCAGAAAUAGUACUUCAGGUUAAGAACUUUGCUUCAGGGUGAGAACAGAAAUUGCAUGACGGCGUCGCGGCAGCAGUGGGAGGCCCCAUUAGCUAAAGUGGUACCUCGGGUUAAGAACAGUUUCGGGUUAAGAACGGACCUCCAGAAUGAAUUAAGUUCUUAACUAGAGGUACCACUGUACUCUAUAUCCACGGUGCCUCUUUUAAAGGGCUCACCCUGUAUAAAUAUCAUAAUAACAGGGCUGGGGGGAGCCACUGCUCUUAACCCGCCAUAAAGCCGCAUCAUAGAUAUACACACCACCCCUUUUGCUGUCCUGCGAUUUAUCCAGCCCCCUUGUUUCAAAGCAACUUGGACCAUCUUCUCUUGAUUUCCAGGCGACCGGUCAAGGAGAAAGCCCCGGCCCAGCCAAAGAACCCGACCGCAGCCGAGGCGCCAAAGCGGAAGAAAAAGGGCUUCCUCCCUGCCACCAAGAUACGCAAGAACCGCAAGAAGGUGCCGCCAAGCCAGUCCCAGGAGAACGGUGCCGAGAACGGCGUCAAAGAGGCGGCCAUGACUGUUGCAGACAACGCCAGCCCUGCGGGGAAGAAGAGGAGAAGGAAGAGGAAGAACCAAGGGGGAGGCAGCGGCCGGAGCCAAGUGUCCCUGGAGGGUCCUCCAGCCAAAAAGCCGGCGCAGCCGCAGGGGCAUGGCAAAAAGGCUGAUGCUCAGCAGGGCAGUUUGAAGAAGAAGAAGAAGAAGAAGAAGGGAAAGAAAGGGAAGAUGGCAGAGGACUGAUUUGGGAAGGGAACUGGAAGGGGAAAAGUGCUGGUUUUAUAAAUGCUCGGAGGAGCCUUCGCCAACGUGGCGCCCUCCAGAUUUUUGGGACUACAACUCCCAUCAGCCCCAGCCAGCAUGUUGUAGUCCAAAAUGCCUGGAGGGCACCAGGUUGGCCAAGGCUGGGAAAAAAAACCUUUUGCGUCUUUAGUUUGGUUUAAACCAGGGUUUCCCAGACUUGGGUCCUCUGCUGUGGUUGGACUACAACUCCCAUCAUCCCUAGGUAGCAGGACCAGUGGUCAUAGAUAAUGGGAAUUGUAGUCCCAAAAAACAGCCAGAGACCCAAGUUUGGGAAACCCUGGUUAAAUAAUCCACUGAAUGCAAAUGUGUGAUAAGCAUCCCUUUUAUGUAUAUAAAAAAAUCAGCUUGCAGAGUUUUAACUAUACUACUAUAAUAUUACUAUAGUAGACUGUUACUGGUAGUAUAUUACUACUGAUUGGAAGUCCAGUACUCUGCUCCAGAGUUACUAGCUUUGAAACAAAUAAAUAAAAGGUUUGGGGUCCCUUGGUUAACGUGCUCGGAAAGCCCAAAGGAAGCCAGAUCACAGAUAAUAUAACACAUUUUGGGUUUAAAUGGAAGCAGCCUCUUUUAGACGGCGCUGUCUGAACUCCUUGGAACAUUCAGAUUUAUGAUCCUCUCCAGUCCACUGUCCUGACCUUUUUAAUAACAGAAGGCUGGAAGUUACUCCGCUGUUGGGUGUGUAAUCCUUCAUUAAAAUUAUAUGUUUUAAAAGAGUUAGCAGUGGUGAAGUCUCUGUUAGAGCUGGAACAGGUUUUUCUCUGCAUGUCCUUAUUUGAUAGAGACGGGUGGGGGGAAUCGAUGCCCCCCUUUGCAAAAGAUUAACGGUCAAUAUAAUAAAGGAUUGUCCUAGAUCUGGAAGAGAGGUCCAGUGUCUUCCAGUCCAGCCCUCUGCCAGUGCAGGAAAUCUGUUUUCAGAGGUCCAACCUCUUCUUCAGCACCUUCUGAGAUGCUCCUUUGGACUUCUGGACAAUCAGAAGACCUUCCUCUCGUAAUUUGAACCCUCUGGUGUGGCUUAUGCCUUCUGGGACAACAGAAAAUGAUGUUGCUGAAGUUUAUUCGGUGGUGGAGAAUAAAACAAUGAAAGGAAUAGUUUCUCAUAGAAAAAAAUUGAGAAAAAUAGUGCCUGUAUUUUCUGUUUCAUAUCUCAUGUUCUACCAAUGCUAGAAGUAUGCUUAUACUUUAUAACUUCAUACUCUAGAGUUGCUAGAGUUCCUUUUAUCACUUGAUCUGUUUUUGCCAGGUUGAGCACAGUUUCCUUUGUUUUGGAGAAGACGGGGGCAAAGCAGGAGCUGAGAAUUCCUGCAUUGCCGGGGGUUGGACCAGAUGACCCCGAGGCUCCCUUCCAACUCCACGAUUCUGUGGUUCUAUGACUUCCAUCAUCUUUGCACUUCCUCUUGUGCUAAACCUAAAAAGCCCUUCGAAAAAAUAUAAUUAUACAAAAAGCGGCAUGUCGUCAAGCACAGCGUCCAAGGACAAUUUUCUAAGCUGUACCACACCACCGUUUGUUAAUCCUCACAAGGCUGUACCAGCCUGCAAAUGAUCCACUGUCUCCCCUGUUUAUAUUUCCACAGUUCGUGAAUUCUUAAAUACGUCAGGCUGUUAGCCAGCCAGAUGCCAAAUCUGCUUCUUGUGUUCUGUCCUGCUGGUGAAUUUCUGCCUCAACGGGAUGCCAAGUAUAUUGACACAUGCCUACCUGCAGCACUAGAGAUCUCUGCUCAAGAGUUUGGCAGGGCUUGCUGACUUACUCUUGGUUUGCAGCCUAUAUCAUACAUCUUAAUUGGACCUAAAUGGUAAUCUUGAAUGGGGUCCGUCAAUACAAUUUGGGGGCUACUAAACCUAGCAGUUCAAAAGGAUGUCAAAGUGCAAGUAGAUAAAUAGGUACCGCUCCAGCGGGAAGGUAAACAGCGUUGUGCUGCUCUGGUUCGCCAGAAGCGGCUUAGUCAUGCUGGCCACAUGACCCGGAAGCUGUACGCCGGCUCCCUCGGCCAAUAAAGCGAGAUGAGCGCCGCAACCCCAGAGUCGGCCACAACUGGACCUAAUGGUCAGGGGUCCCUUUACCUUUACCUUUAAAGUCUAAUUUUGCUUGGGUCAGUACAUUGGUCCGGUUUUCUUAAAAGAGCAGACUACGAGGCGAACCAGUGCCUGGUCCACACCACUUUAAGGCAGUUCAGUGAUGGACUUCUCUGUAUGAAAACUCAAGCCCCUGCAUGUAGAAAACUAGUCGGGAAGAGGGUUCCUAGGGACACGCCUCAUUUAUAUGCUAGAUUUCUGUCUGCAGUGCGUGUUUGUAAUUUGCACAGAAACGGAGUAGGCAGAAGACACGAGCACAACUCCCCAGUGUUUUUAUAACUCAUAAAGCUUGAUAUUCCUCCUCGGAUCUGCUCAUCCUUCGGCCUGUCACGUCUUGCUUCUCUGCGGGUGCCGUAGAAUAGGAUUGGAUGUGGAGAGGAGCGUAGGAAGACAUCAGGGCCAUGUGUGUCCCCCUCGUCCCUCCGUUCAGUCUCGCCGUUUUAAUUAUUCUUUAAUGAUGCAGCUACAGCAGCCCACCCUCCGCGUCUGUCUUGAAGGAAACAGCUGCUCAUCUUUUGUGCCUGAGGAGAAGAGCGGCACGUCCCGUUGGAGAACAUUCAUAAGAGUCGCUAAAAAGUUUUCCGCUGAGGAGAAGCGGAUCUCUGCGUGGUGUGAAAAGGACCAUCUCGCCAACCAGCCGGGCGAUUCGAGGUUCCAGACCCCUUGAGGACGAGGGUACCAUGGCAACGCUCCCAUCUGCAUCUCCCUCGUGGCCUGGGAAGAGGCCUUUUGACAUAUGAAGAGGAUUAGGCAUCUGAGGGGAAAUGGGUGGAUGAAAAUGGCUGGCGCCACGGGCAACAGCCUCCUUCACUAGUUCCCUCAGGGAGGUUUCCAUCCUACGGAGUUCUGGGUACUUUGAAAAUGGGGACUUAAACCACCUGCUUUUUGCUGUCUGAGGAGAAGCAGUACUAACAGAUGGGUGUGAGAGAUUUCUGUAAUAGUCUGUGCCCCACAAUGUUGCGGUGAGGAGCUCUCGUCCAGGGUUGCAGCAGCCAGCUACGCUCUUUUUCAGGAUACUCCAUUGCACGCUCCCCCAUACAGUUUCUAUUCGCUGCUCCUUCAGCUGCCAGCUAGCAUUCUGCGGCUACAUUCACACCACAUACUUAAAGCCACUUUUUUUUUUUGCCAAUUAUUUUUUAUUGGUUUUCCAUAAUCUUUAACCAAUUGUUGCCAAAGUAAUACAAAUUUAAUACUUACUAAAAUUAAAGUGAAGGGACGCGGGUGGCGCUGUGGGUAAAACCUCAGUGCCUAGGACUUGCCGAUCGUAUGGUCGGCGGUUUGAAUCCCCGUGGCGGGGUGAGCUCCUGUUCAGUCCCAGCUCCUGCCCACCUAGCAGUUCGAAAGCACCCCUAAGUGCAAGUGGAUAAAUAGGGACCGCUUUAUAACGGGAAGGUAAACGGUAUUCCGUGCGCUGCGCUGGUGCUGGCUUGCCAGAGCAGCUUCGUCACGCUGGCCACGUGACCCGGAAGUGUCUUCGGACAGCGCUGGCUCCCGGCCUCUUAAGCGAGAUGAGCACGCAACCCCAGAGUCGGUCACGACUGGCCCAUACGGGCAGGGGUACCUUUACCUUUACCUUUAAAAUUAAAGUGACACCACUUUGUUGCGGCCAUCCGCAAACACCCCUGGGAACUGUGUUAAAGGUGCUGAUUGAUUUUAGGCAUCCCGAUUCCUAGAUUUUUAUUUUUAUUUUUGAAUUCUCCCUGGUACGGAGUACUGGCACCUUGUUUUAUUUCUGCUGCUGUAAUGGGCCAGGAGUCGGCUUCACCUGUUGAACAGCAGCCUGGAGGGGGGAGAAGAUGAAGUGACUCCACCUGCAGCUGAUCAGCCUUCAAGGACUCAAUGGAAGGUGUUGGUAAAAAGCAGCUGGCUUCAGCCUUCUUAAGCUGAGCUUCCAGCAGCCAUCAAAUGCUGGAAACAACAUUUGCAGUUCCUGGCUUCUUCUUCGUCUUGACCCCUGACCCCAUGAUCAUUGGAUUCCUGGACCGUCUGACCACAUGGAUUGCUGUUCGCCCGACCCUAGGACUGGACCUGACCUCGGAUGCUGACCGAAGUCCACCUCAGAGACGCUUCUGGUUGGCUGGUUUGCACCUUGUCGCUCAGCAACGAGAUUAUGGCAACUGCCCACGGCAGCCAUUUUGUGCUGGCACCCACAGUGCUGCCCUCCAUGAGGAGCGGCACCUUGCUUCUUUAAUCAAAACAGCACUGCCCAUUCCCCUCACAGCUACAAUCCCAGGCAUCCCUGUAAAGAGGGAUGGACAGGUUGAUAAACAGCUCGGGAAAUUGCAGCACCCUUAGCGACAUGCGGCUUCCAGAAUUCUUUGGGGAAAUCCAUGGCAGUCCAAAGUGAUUUCGCUGUGCUUUAAAUGAAUGGCGUGUAUCUGGCCAGAGGCAGAGGAGGUUAUUGGAGAUGCUGAAGGCCUGGGCUUUGCUGUCCAGCAAGCCGACAUGCCUCCACAUUGCUUCCAGUCGCUGCCAGGCAGGUCGGGAGUUGGGGUGGUAGCAAAAUGUAUCCUAAAAGUUGGAGGGAUGGGGAACCAACCUGGGCCUGUUGAGUUAGAUUGAGGCUUUGCUAGCAAUGUACUUCAGAUAAUCCAACACACAGCUCAGUCAGUAGAGCGUGAGCCUCUUAAAUUCAAGGUUGUGGGUUCGAACCCCAUGUUGGGCAAACAUAUUUCAGGGGGUUGGACUAGAUGACCCGCAGGGUCCCGUCAAACCCUUAUGAUGCUAUGUGGUCUUCAACAGAUCGCCCCUAGAGGAAUGUGUUGAUUAUGUGAGGGUGAAGGAAGGUGAGGACAGGUGACCUCACCUAGGCCCGAAGUCACCCCCCACCAAAGCAGGCUCAAAGCUUCUCAAAAUCAUUUUCUCAGCAGCUAAGCAUCAGAAACAUUCCGCUCUGCUGUAACAAAGGUAGAGAACAGUCCAUUGUUUCUCAGGCCUUCUGGCCUUGCUAAAGAACCACAUUGCAACUUACUUUCUGUCCAGGAAGCACGCCAGAACAAGAUAUUUAAACAUAUCUGAACACUCUGAAACCCCUUUCCUGGGAAGGGCGCCAAGAGUCCAAUAGUCCCAAGACAGCUUUCUGUUCAUGCUCAGAGGAACUCAUGGGGCAGGACUCUGGAAGGAGGAGAAAGGAGGAGGGAACUGGAAAGGGGUAUAUAUGCUUGUGCACAUGACUGUGAACUUCAUGCAUGCUUUUUGUGAACUAUCACACUUGCUCCUUCUACCAGUUCAUGAAUGGUAGAAAUAAAAGCCUUUUCUCCGAAACUAUUCCUUGAGUGUCUGUUGACUCCCACUUCCCUUUCCCAGGCGCAAUAUUUUUUUUCUACCCGAGGGCAAAGCCUCAUAAGGCUACAAGGG